CUAUGCCUCGCGCAGCCGCAAAUGGCCGGUAGAAACCGUGUCACCUGCAUGUUAUACUGUGCUUGGUGACAGCUUGUUACACCCCCGUUACGAGAAUUAGUCAUUGAGAAGACCGAGGUGUAGGUAGGGUGUACCAAUAUGGCGGCUGCUGUCAAGGAAGCAAGGACUUUCUGUGCAGUUUGUCAGCGGGCUGCCCCAGGGUGUUAUGUGAGUUGGCCACACUAACUCCCCCUGGUUACAUGUUCACCAGGACUGGCUGUUAGCUGGGACCCUGAUCUACCCAAGCUGAGGUAAGUACACCAACAAUAUUAUAAUAAUAAUACUAUAAUAAUAAUUAUUAUAAUAUUAGAAUUUAUACCAUGAGCUGUAUUAUUAUUAUUAUUAUUAUUAUUAUUAUUAUUAUUAUUUAUACCAUGGGCUGUAUUGUCACAUUGUACCUGAUAUAACUUGGUUAUUAUAAUAAUUAAUAAUAAUAAGGCUCAGCCUCAACACAGCUUGUGAUUGGGCGAUGUCACUUCAGCAUCAAUAAUAUAAACCAGUUAUAAACUGGACUUGCAAUCUGUGAUGAAUUUGCACUUGAAUUGCAUUUACAAUAUAAUUGUUUCAAGAAAGAGCUGCAUAUAUGCAAGUGGUUUAGUUUUAAAACUAUUUAUGUCGUACGUACGACGUUUCCUAACACUUACUUAUAAAGCACCAAAAUAAUCUACAUCACUAAUACUCACUGGCAUACAUAUAGGACCCCCCAUAUUACUUAAACAAACACACAGAUGUAUUCCUUACAUUAAAGUGUCUCUCUGCCCACACGGCUUCCCCCUUCCUCGUCCAUGAAAGGAGUAAAAAAACAACAACUUUUUAUAUGUUUCUUAUAUGCAACACUACUUUUUGCGCGUUUCUAGAUUUUUACUAAGUACAUUAUGACGAGCUCUCGCUGGGGUCAGAUUAAUUCAUUAAUUCAUUUUGUUGUAGCUUUUAAUUUUUCUGUCAAUUUUUUUUUACAUUGGCACGUCCACCACCCAUUAUUGUUUUAUUAUUAUUGUUUUAUUAUUUAGAGCUUCCACAUGCCGCCAAUGUGCGCCCAUAGCACAUACUAUGCCCUCCCCCAAUAAUAUAACUAGAGCCCCCAAGGGUGGGGAACGGGGGCACAAUAGAUUCCCAACCCCCUUAUAUUACAGUAAUUCCCACCUGCGACUAGGCAGUUUGAGACACUUAGGUGAUACAGUUGCAAGAAAAAGUAUGUGAACCCUUUGGAAUGAUAUGGAUUUCUGCACAAAUUGGUCAUAAAAUGUGAUCUGAUCAUCAUCUAAGUCACAACAAUAGACAAUCAUCGUCUGCUUAAACUAAUAACACAAAGAUUGAAAUGUUGCCAUGUUUUUAUUGAACACACCAUGUAAACAUUCACAGUGCAGGUGGAAAAAGUAUGUGAACCCUUGGCUUUAAUAACUGGUUGAACCUUCUUUGGCAGCAAUAACCUCAACCAAAUGUUUCCUGUAGUUGCAGAUCAGACGUGCACAACGGUCAAGAGUAAUUCUUGACCAUUCCUCUUUACAGAACUGUUUCAGUUCAGCAAUAUUCUUGGGAUGUCUGGUGUGAAUUGCUUUCUUGAGGUCAUGCCACAGCAUCUCAAUCGGGUUGAGGUCAGGACUCUGACUGGGCCACUUCUGAAGGCGUAUUUUCUUCUGUUUAAGCCAUUCUGUUGUUGAUUUACUUCUAUGCUUUGGGUCAUUGUCCUGUUGCAACACCCAUCUUCUGUUGAGCUUCAGCUGGUAGACAGAUGGCCUUAAGUUCUCCUGCAAAAUGUCUUGAUAAACUUGGGAAUUCAUUUUUCCUUUGAUGAUAGCAAUCCGUCCAGGCCCUGACGCAGCAAAGCAGCCCCAAACCAUGAUGCCCCCACCACCAUACUUCACAGUUGGGAUGAGGUUUUGAUGUUGGUGUGCUGUGCCUUUUUUUCGCCACACAUAGUGUUGUGUGUUUCUUCCAAACAACUCAACUUUGGUUUCAUCUGUCCACAGAAUAUUUUGCCAGUACUGCUGUGGAACAUCCAGGUGCUCUUGUGCAAACUGUAAACGUGCAGCAAUGUUUUGUUUGGACAGCAGUGGCUUCCUCUGUGGUAUCCUCCCAUGAAAUCCAUUCUUGUUUAGUGUUUUACGUAUUGUAGAUUCGCUAACAGGGAUGUUAGCAUUUGCCAGUGACUUUUGUAAGUCUUUAGCUGACACUCUAGGAUUCUUCUUCACCUCAUUGAGCAGUCUGUGCUGUGCUCUUGCAGUCAUCUUUACAGGACGGCCACUCCUAGGGAGAGUAGCAGCAGUGCUGAACUUUCUCCAUCUAUAGACAAUUUGUCUUACCGUGGACUGAUGGACAGCAAGGCUUUUGGAGAUACUUUUAUAACCCUUUCCAGCUUUAUGCAAGUCAACAAUUCUUAAUCGUAGGUCUUCUGAGAGCUGUUUUGUGCGAGGCAUCAGGCAAUGCUUCUUGUGAAAAGCAAACCAAGAACUGAUGUGUGUUUUUAUAGGGCAGCUGUAACCAGCACCUCAAUCUCAUCUCAUUGAUUGGACUCCAUGGUUUACAUGGUGUGUUCAAUAAAAAUUUGGCAACAUUUCAUUCUUUGUGCCUUAUUAGUUUAAGCAGACUGUGAUUGUCUAUUGUUGUGACUUAGAUAAUGAUCAGAUCACAUUUUAUGACCAAUUUGUGCAGAAAUCCAUAUCAUUCCAAAGGGGUCACAUACUUUUUCUUGCAACUGUAUGCCCCACUUGCAGCAAAAUAGGUAGGGUCAUAGGGAGGUUUAAACCCCUCUUAAAGUAAUAUGGUGGUCUUAUGAAUUUGAAGCAUUGGGCUAAAACUUGAGACAUUCAUGUCUUGAUUUUAGCUGAAAUUCGAAACCAAUUUGCAAAAUCUAGACAUUGUUGAAUAACGUGAACAGUGUCCAGAUUUUGCAAUUGAAAUGGUAUCAUAUGCGGCUGGAUGGUUUUGCCUCAUUCGGUACAGUUCUAUUAGAACUUUAGUGACUAACCCGACAGAGGGUUUAAUCAUCAUUUUACAGCGCUACGGACAUUGCUGGCGCUAUAUAAAUAAUAAAAUAAUAAUCAAAACUUUUUGAAUCGUAGGGAAUUAAAAUACCAGUUGUAAAAUCAAGGCUAAAAAUAGCUUUACUGCAGCAAAGUUGGAGAAUUUUUCACUUACCUACAUUUUUUUUUAAUUCGGAUUUCAUUUCGCUACAGUUUGGGGUUUAGUCAGAUAGUGGAUAACCCUAACCGUGUUGUCCAGGUUCAUUUUCUAGAUGUUACAUAUAUGCAUGCCUGCAGUAUGACAACAGUUUUCUGGUUAACUGAAGGAAAUUGCCAUUUGACAAGGAAAUUGCAGAUUUGAUGAAAAAUAACGAAAUUGGCAAUCUUUUUCAAUUUAGCUGGUUUGGAAUACAAAUAUCAAUUCCUUUCUCAGUUCUGCACAUUUCUAUUUUUAUCAUCAACACUGCAGUUCUCUACGGUUAGCUGCCAGGGAGUGUUUUGGGACAUGCUAAGCGUCAUUGUAUUUAGAAGCAUGUGCACUUACUGAAACCAACAUUUUUUAUGGUAUGCUGUAAUACAGAAAAAAAAGGAUAGAUCUUAAAAGUAUUUUUUUUCUUUAAUCAAUCUGGUUAAAAUUAAAAAUCAUUUAUCUGCUACCACAGAUGUAUGCUGCCAUAUCCUAUAUACUGGAUGGAUGCAUUUUACCUUUUUGCCAUAAGUUCUAUCCGGUUUAACUUGUAACAUUAAGCUGUUAUAAAGUAGACAUUUGUUAUGUUUUUAAUCUAAUUAUUAUUAUUUUUAACGGACUACAAUGCUGUGUUUUUUAUUUUUGUUUUCUCAUUUUUUAAUCAUUAGGGAGAUCCAUUCUGGGGGAAAAGUAUGGACAUCAUACAUCAUCUUCAAAUCUCCAGACAGAAAAUAUUGACUUUCCAAAAACUCAUUUCAGCAAGGUGUUACAGAAACACACUUCAAAGCUCAAAAGCAAAGGCUUCAUGGUGCAACAACGAACACACAGAACUUUAUCGACAAAAAACAUGCUCCAAGCAUUUCAACUCAUCCCCAUACAAGGUUGAAGGAAACCAAUGGAUCACCCAAAGGAGAAUUGGGGCAUCAUUGAAUAAUUACCCACAAUGUGGAAAUCUCCCCUCGUGUGUGCCAAUGAUUGGUGGCAUUUCCUUAAAGUUGCCUGGUCAGCUGCAUAGUCACUGCUACAGGCCAAUCCACACGUCGGCACGUUUGAAUAUUCUCUUACCUCCCCAUGUUUGGCUAUUAAUAAAACCAGUCCAGAAGCUCUUUGCAAUCAUCCUUGGCAGGUGAAUUUUUAUUAGAGCUGUAGAAAAUUUAGAAAAUGCAGGAUCAAGCAUAUUAUCUUAGAGCGUGAGAUGAACAUUCACAAGUAAUGAGAGCGAUCCUAUAUAGGCUGUGCUGAGCCCUAGUGAAGACUGACAUACUGGAUUUCAGCAUAGGGUUUGCACUGGGAUGGUGCCAGAGCACUUCUAGCUAUGGCUGUAGGGGAUAUGCUGCUUGGAGUGUGCCUUUAAGUGAAAAAACUUUAAAGGUUUACUAUAACCCUUUUUAGAGGGGGUACCAUUUCCAGUGUAAAAUGCCCUAUUGGGCACUGCGGAGGAGGUCCCCCCCUCUCAAUUUGUAGUAAAACCUGGAGAAAAAGGUUUUACUUACCUGGAAUCCAGCGAAGCUCCCAGUGCUGAUCUUCCGUGCCCCCUUCUGAUGUCCCUGAGGCAGUGUGCGUUCCAAUUACUCAUUGAGAAGCCUGCGAUUUGGACCAUUUAGUCAGCUCAGAAUGCAUGCGCACUCACCGGGCGAAGGGAGGGAGAGUUUAUCUUAAAAACAACAAUGUGGAACAGAGGGAGGCGGGAGGAAAUGAGAAUGGUUGGGAGGGGAGAGCUAGUUUCCCCUUGCAGGCAUAGAACUCUAGGUCUCUUGUCAGCGUGCAUUGCGAGCUGACAACAGACCUAUUUUAUGGACAGAAUUGACAUUGGCAGCUCGGAACCAAGUUCUGGGCUGCCAGUGUCAUGUGCUGAGUUGCUACUAGCCCUCCGGAACACAUUUACAAAUAUCUCAGGAUGUGCAGUGAUUUUAAAACUGAAAACACACCACAUGCUGACUCCUACCACCAUGAACACUUCAACUCCCUGAAGUGGUCAUUGUGGUUGGAGUAAUGGAUCUUUAAUGGAUGUCAGCUGAAAUUUUUUGUCGGAAUUAUUAAAACAAAUCCACACUGUCACAAGAACUAAAGGAUCACUUAUUUGCAGCUAUGACUUAUACAUUUGUUAAGAUUCAGGGAUAUAUUCACUAAGGGAUUAAACACGGAACUGUAGCAAACUGCACAUUUUGCAAAAUUCAGGCUCAUUUAGCAAAGCUGUGACUAUAGAGGAGUUUUUAUUUUUUUACAAAUUCUGUUUUUACCUAAUUUUUGCAAUUUGUUUACUAAUUCACUGCAAUUCCAUGUUGAGUUAAUAAGAUACAGAUGUUUGUUCCCUAAAUAAUCGUUUGCCUGGUAAACUAUAAACCAGUCAUGUCCAAAGUCCGGCCCGGGGCCCAUUGCGGCCCUCGUUCCGGUUUAAUACAGCUCCACAGGUUAUUUGGCUAAUCCUAUCUGUUGUGGCCCCCAGUGAAUCCCCGAGCGCUGCUCAGGAUCCAUGGAUCUUUGAACGACGCGGUCCUGAGCGGUUCGAAGGGAUUCACUGGGGGCAAAGAGAUUGCGAGAACGCAGACGGAUGUGCAGUCACUGCUCAUCCUCAGUCUGAGUUCUCGCGAUCUCUUGGACGUUGACGUUGCAGGAUUUGGUUCCUUCUCCCAGGAGGCAGAGAAUGAAGGGACAGAAUAAAAGAGAAAAGGGACAGAAUGAAGGGACAGCAUAAAGGAGAAAAGGGACAGAAUAAAGUGAGACAGAAUAAAGACAUCAAAUCAAAAGUAUGCCGCUUGCAAUAAAUUUUGCAUAAAAUAGUUAAUUUGCAUUUAAUUUUAAUGGUUCAAAAUGGUCGGCCCUCACACAUGUUCACUUCAUCAAAUCUUGCCCUCUUUGAAAAAAGUUUGGACAUCCCUGCGUAAACUGUAGGCCAAAAUAGCUGAUAUGAGAGAAAAUAAAAGUACUAUUUUGGUCUUGCUAUUAUGGCCUCCACUGUAAUUUAGUUUUUAUCUCACUGUAUAGCAGAUAAACCCUUUUCAUCUUUACAAACAGAGUAUUCACUAUAUUACUGACAGUUAUAUUACAGUUUUUAAUGAACUGAGCAGUCUUCAAUGCUGUGCUUGCUUUUCUGGGUUUACCUUUCUUUAUCACUUCGAUCUUUCUAAUUUACGUGGCUCAUGUGGCAUAUACUGCAGUCUUUCUUAUUUGUGUUUUGGUUCUCAGGAGUGUAAGAAAAUGGUGGAAAAGUCUUCCCUCCAACAAGCGGCAGAUGUUCAAAGAAAACCUAAAACAAAACAAGUGGAAGCUGAUUGCUAGUAUAACCUCACUAGGGAUCGUCUUCAUCCUAUUUUAUUGCACCCAUCUGGAGGAGAGUCCGAUUACCGGACGGAGCCGGCUCUUACUUUUCAAAAAGGAGCACUACAAUUUUCUCACUACAAUGGAAUAUGAAAAUGUGAGUAAAAUACAACGGAGAGUUGUGUUAUGACUUAUUUUGUGUUAAACAAAUAUAAUUAUAAUAAUGUAUUAACCCCUGCACCCUCUAGUAUGGCUGUCUUCUUUGUUAGACUUCAGUGAAUUACUGCCAAACCUAUGGAGCAGGUAGCAAAUCAAAUGCACUCACAGAGCUUCAAAUUAUUUUCUUUAAAGGACCACUAUAGUGCCAGGAAAACAUACUCGUUUUCCUGGCACUAUAGUGCCCUGAGGGUGCCCCCACCCUGAGGGCCCCACUCCUGUGGGAGGAAGGGGUUAAUCCCUUACCUUUUUUUCGGCGCUGGGACUCUCCUCCCUCUUCUUCCGUCAUCGGCUGAAUGAGCAUGCGCGGCAAGAGCUGCGCGCGCAUUCAGCCAGUCUCAUAGGAAAGCAUUCUCAAUGCUUUCCUAUGGACGCUGGCGUCUUCUCACUGUGAAACUCACAGUGAGAAGCGCGGAAGCGCCUCUAGCGGCUGUCAGUGAGACAGCCACUAGAGGCUGAAUUAACCCAUAUGUAAACAUAUCAGUUUCUCGGAAACUGCUAUGUUUACUGCAAAAAGGGUUAAACCUAGAUGGACCUGGCACCCAGACCACUUCAUUAAGCUGAAGUGGUCUUGGUGCUUAUAGUGGUCCUUUAAAAAAAUAAAAUAAAAAAUAAUUAAAGACUUUAUGUGAAAGAAUCAAUGUUUUGACUGUCUCUGGGUCUUUAACAAAAAUACAGAUUUAGGGUCGGAAUGUUGCUGCAUUAUUGUAAAUGUCUAUUGUUCCCCUUCCUUCUGAUCAAAACCACAAACUUUGGAAUUAGUAAUUAAAGGAACACUCCAGUGUUUAGUAUUUAAACCGCUAAUGAAAACAUGUAUGCAUUUAAUUAUUCAUUUUUUUUUUUUUCAUUGGAAAUAUAUCUAAAAACAGCUUGCAAAAAUCUGCAGAUCUAUUGUCAGAAUCCUUUGCAAGCGCUCCCAUUCUAACCCAGUCCAGGCUUUCUGUGGUUGUCCAAUCACAGAUUGGCAAUUGCAUGCCUCUUGAGUUUAGCUCCACAGAGUGAAAAAUCCAGACCAGGGGAGCGGGACUUGACCUCAAUGACAACCAAACUCCUCAGGAGUCACCGAUUAAAUAUCACUUCUUGGCUGUUCUGGCUAUUUAUUUAUAGCUGUCAGCUCAUACUCCACUUAUUGAGUUAAUAGUUCGGCCUGGGAAUGCUUCCCGUGGUCUAUAAGCACUCUGUAGUCACUUUUCUCGGUUGACACAUCUGAGUUCUAGUGGGUACCAAGGCCCAACUUGCGUAAGCAAGGUUCCAAGGAAUCUGAUGCCCCAUUUACUCCUCAUCUCAGCAGCUAUCCUGCUCCAACUUUGUACUAGCUCUACCAAAGGUAGCACAAACAAGAUAGCGGACGACGCUGCAUGCACUUUGGACUUCCAUGGAGAGAUGUCCAACACUCUCUAUAGACUGGAAGCACUAUUUGAGCCUUUCUGGAAGUGGCUGCAUGACAAGAGAUCUCUACCAGCUCCCGAGGCUGCCACAAUACCUCUAAGAAGGUUCCAAAGCACAUCACGUCACGUUACGAUACACCUUGAGGAAGCUGGUAGGCAGCCCAGCAUUGGCACUAUACGAUCAUCAAAUUAGUGAGGAGAGUAAGCGGAGAGAUGCAGUAUGGAGAAGGAAGGGAUUCUAUAGAGGAGAACUGCAUAUGACAAUGUUGGCACUGGACCUACAGCCUAGCAAUCUUGGAUGGGACUGUGACCUGCCUGUAACGGGCAUUGGUUGACCAUACGUUGGAGUCUCUUAUUGCAUGUCGGCACACAGCCUAUCAAUGCAGAAUAUACAUCAUUAUUGUAUGCCUACUCUUGUUAAAUUACAAUGUUUACUGUCCUCAUGCAACACAGAAUGGACGUUUCCUUUGUAUUCCUCGAGCUCCCUGGAAUGGUAUACCCUAUAGUUGUCUACUCAUGUAAAUCCAGCAUAAAAACAUAGAAUGUGAUGGCUGAUAAGAACCGUUCAGCCCAUCUAGUCUGUCCAAUUUUCUAAAUACUUUCAUUAGUCCCUAGCCUUAUCUUAUAGUUAGGAUAGCCUUAUGCCUAUCCCAUGCAUGCUUAAACUCCUUUACUGUGUUAACCUCUACCACUUCAGCUGGAAGGCUAUUCCAUGCAUCCACUACCCUCUCAGUAAAGUAAUACUUCCUGAUAUUACUUUUAAACCUUUGCCCCUCUAAUUUAAGACUAUGUCCUCUUGUUGUGGUAGUUUUUCUUCUUUUAAAUAUAGUCUCCUCCUUUACUGUGUUGAUUCCCUUUAUGUAUUUAAAUGUUUCUAUCAUAUCCCCCCCUGUCUCGUCUUUCCUCCAAGCUAAACAUGUUAAGAUCCUUUAACCUUUCCUGGUAAGUUUUAUCCUGCAAUCCAUGAGCCAGUUUAGUAGCCCUUCUGUAAUGUGAUUUUUGAUGCCUCAAUAAAAGAUAGAUUGACAAAAACAAAUCCUGAUUCAUUGUCUGACAGCCACGGGGUGUAACAACGUUAAUUUAUAAAAGCCAAUUUCAAGAAAGGAAACACUCUUAACAUAAAAAAAAAACCCUUAAGCAAACUAAAGUGCUUGAUGGGUCUGGAGUGUCCCUUUAAGUGUAUUAUUAAUAUAGAAAAUAAAUAAUAGCAAGUUUGGUGAGUCACAUUAUUUAUGUAUAUAUUCUCUUGCUCACUCCUAUGACAUCACAUUCUAAAAACAUUGACAUUAAUAUGUAGUUGCUACCCUUUUUGAAGGUCUUCCACUCUUAUGGGAAGGCUUUCCACAAGAUUUUGGAGUGUUUCUGUGGGUUUUGCCCAUUUAUCCAGUAGAACAUUUGCAAGGUCAGGUACUGAUAUUGUAGGAUAAGGCCUGUCUCGUAAUGUUAAUGUCCACUCCAGAUUAUCCCAAAGGUGUUCGAUGGGGUUGAGGUCAGUGUUUUGUGCGUACCAGUCAAGUUCUUUCACACCAAACUGAACCAUGGACCUUGCAUUGUGAACUGGGCAUGCUCUGUGUGUCCAGUCUAAUUCUUUCACACCAAACUGAACCAUGGACCUUGCAUUGUGAACUGGGCAUGCUCUGUGUGUCCAGUCAAGUUCUUCCACACCAAACUCAACCAAGGCAACGUACUUUACACUAAACAAGACAAUGCUUGGCAUUGCACUUGGUGAUGUGAAGGUUGUAUGCAGAUGCUCGGCAAUGGAAUCCCAUUUCAAAAAGCUCCUGACACAUAGUUGUUGUGCUGAUAUUAAUGCCAAUGGAAGUUUGGAACUCUUCAGCUAUGAACUCAGCAGUACUUUUUUUACGAUUACGAUUUUUACGCACCGUGUGCCUCAGCACUCCCUGAUCCUGCUCCUUGACUCUACGUGUUCUUCUGCUUCGUGGCUGAGUCCUAAACGCUUCCACUUUUAUCAAACUGACUCCUACCACAAUACCACAGUGCCAUGCUUUCACUUUUCACUGAAUUCACUGAGCUUUUCAUAAUGAUGAUUUUUUUUCAAAAGUGUUUCACAAGUGUUUGUAAAUGCAGACUGCGUGGCUAGGAGCUUGAUUUUAUAAACCCGAAUCAAUGGGUUUGAUUGAAACACCUGAACUUAAUUUAAGUGUGUCCCAAUACUUUAUUCCAUAUACUAUACAAUAAUAUGCCUCCUUAGCUUUGUUCUCUUGCUGAUUACACCAGCAAAGCAAUCGCACACAAUGAGACUACUGUGGAAACUAUUUUCUGGCACCGUUUUUUGCUAAUUUCUAUGAUAUAGCACCCUAUCCCAGGUGUCACAAGAAAUGCACUAGAGAGUGAAUAGUAUACUUCUGUGAUGUUGGCAAAAGCUGCGCAUUAAUUCCUUGAAUAACGCAGCUUAGAUCUUGGUAAGACUGGACAGUGAAACAAAACUUGAUUUGCAUCACUGAUCCCAGAAUAAGGAAAAUACUUUUUUACUAGCUGUUUAAAUUGAAUGUUUCUUAUUUGAGCUGCGUGGUUGACAGCUAAUCUGUGCCGUGCAUCUUACAGCAUCCCGCAGUCUGUAAUCAAAAACUCCUUGUGCUUGAUCAAAGGAUCACAGUUUUGGGACUAGAGCCUCUAAUAAGUAAUUAUUCUGGUGUUCAGGAAACCUUAGCUUACGGUUUCAUGUUUGUCUCCUGCCAAUUUCAAAUUUUUAACAAUAUUAUAGGAAAAAGAAUAAAAGCCGACGGGCUACCCAAAAAAAGCAAACAAACUUCAACAACAUUACACAAUCUGUCUGUAUAUUUUGUUAACAAUUCUUAAAACAGGAUAACAUUUUAUCGAUCUAUUUAAUAAUAAUGAUGAUAAUUUAAUUAACUGAUUAUCCUAGGAAUAUAAUAUUUAAACAGAUGACAGGAUCCUUUUCCAUUAGAAUAGAAAUGUAAAGGGUCACUGCAGCCACUCGAAUGUUCGGUGCAGUGUGUCGGCUAGGUUACACUUUGUUGCUUUCUAAGAAAAAAUCUCCAGGGAGGAGGAAGAGCUUUGUAAAAGUUGUGUGGCAUGCCAUAUUUAAAAAAAACCAAAAAAAAAAAAAACCCUGAUAUAAGGUACUUGGACAAACUGUGCCAGUUCUAAGCCACUUGCAGAAGUGAGAACUGGAGCAUAGUCCUCUAUGUACCAUCAAGUUAUUCAUGGUGCUUAAAGUGCCUCUUUAAUAGUAACUUAUACCUCAACAUGUGUACCAUAUGUUUGUAUCUUAUGGUACAAGCAUUUCAACCUUCAGGAUGGCCUGAAUUCGGCAUGUGCAAUUUUUGUGACUUGCAGGGUCACAGUCAAAAUUUAGUAAAACUAAUGGCGCUAAGGCUGUUAUAUAUCUGGGGAUGUUCAUUUUUGGGGUUUUUUCUUGUCUCAUUGUAAAGCACAACCCCAGAGGGAGCCCAUAGGGCAGGUCACCCAUCUUAGCACUCUCUUCAUGUAGGUUUACUAACUCUAAAUAGGACACAGCAUGACCAAGAAAGAUUAUGGCAUUUACUAUUGUACAAGGAAGUCUUCCGUCUGUCUUUGUUCUGGUUGUACAUAAUUACAACUAUUUACAAAUCACUCCAAAGCAGAUCAGCCAUGUGGGUAUAUGCGCUCGGGGUUAGUGCCCUAUAUGUUCAUUACCGUCACUGUCCAUAAGUAAAAUCUGGUGUUUUAUGUAUAUUUACUAUUGUGUAUAUUUUUUGUUACAUGUACAACGGUUAUGAAAGACAAUAUUUGAUGUUAAAGGGACACUAUAGUCACCAAAACAACUACAAAUAAUAAACCAUAAUCCCAUGCCAAUGAGGAUGUGCCUAGUAACCCAUAGCACAUAAACAGAGCACUUGGACUAGUUAAAAGGUUUCACUUGUAAAAACUCUCCAACUCUCUUAUUUUGUCCUAAAUGCCGAAAUUUUCAUUGUCUAUUUACCGCGUGUGACAUUUUAGUGAAAGAGUGCACACAGGGAUUUGUUUACAUUUUAGCGAUAUUACUUCGAUAUCCUGUCUCCAUUUUAUUUCCUUCUUUUUGUUAUUUGUAUUAAUAUUAUUGCCGCUUGCGUAUAAGUAAAGGGGGAAUUAGUCUGUCAUCUACUUAAGGAAUAUAAAAUGGAUCUUGCACUUGCGUUGUUAAGUGCCAGCUGUGAACAAUUCUCCUUGAUGAAAAGCUAAUGAAUUUAAAAGAACCACUUUUGUGCGAACAAAGGGAAAAAGUAACAUUUUUCAAACCCAAACUAGUAAAACAGCAUGCCAUUAAUGUGCUAACAAAGAUGCUUAAAAAUUUCCUUGCACCAGUUUUUUAAUAGUUGGAUCAAGCAGUAAGUGUUACAGAACAUGUUUGGAUAAUAAAAGAAAAUACUUAAAAUAUUCCCUGUGGAUUCAAAAGCAACUCACCAUGGUGAAAUUAUAAACAAAGUCCCUUAUAAAGGGACUUUCUUCAUGUCUAUAGUGAAGUGUCUCAAACCCUCUAAACCAGGGGUGUCACACUCAUCAACUAUGGAGACAAAAUAUUAAAAUAAAGUGUGAAUGGGGAGCAGAAUGUAGAAACAUAGAAUGUGACGGCAGAUAAGAACCAUUUGGCCCAUCUAGUCUACACAAUUUUCUAAAUACUUUCAUUAGUCCCUGGCCUUAUCUUAUAGUUAGGAUAGCCUUAUGCCUAUCCCACGCAUGCUUAAACUCCUUUACUGUGUUAACCUCUACCACUUCAGUUGGAAGGCUAUUCCAUGCAUCCACUACCCUCUCAGUAAAGUAAUACUUCCUGAUAUUAUUUUUAAACCUUUGUCCCUCUAAUCUAAGACUAUGUCCUCUUGUUGUGGUAGUUUUUCUUCUUUUAAAUAUAGUCUCCUCCUUUACUGUGUUGAUUCCCUUUAUAUAUUUAAAUGUUUCUAUCUUAUCCCCCCUGUCUCGUCUUUCCUCCAAGCUAUACAUGUUAAGAUCCUUUAACCUUUCCUGGUAAGUUUUAUCCCGCAAUCCAUGAACCAGUUUAGUAGUCCUUCUCUGAACCCUCUCUAAGGUAUCAAUAUCCUUCUGAAGAUACGGUCUCCAGUACUGUGUACAAUACUCCAAGUGAGGUCUCACCAGUGUUCUGUACAAUGGCAUGAGCACUUCCCUCUUUCUACUGCUAAUACCUCUCCCUAUACAACCAAGCAUUCUGCUAGCAUUUCCUGCUGCUCUAUUACAUCGUCUGCCUACCUUUAGGUCAUCUGAAAAAAAUCACCCCUAAAACAUCCUCGUACACUAUAUAGUGAAACGUAUGUGGACAACAACUAUAUGAGUAUGAAGUUACCCCCUCUCCUCUGCGGUUAGUUGCUCCUCCGUCUAUGGAGAUUUCAUGGCUGAGUGGAUACAUUAUUUGAGGAAUUUGGAGACCAAGGCAACACCUUUUUCAUGUUGCUUAAACCAUUCCAAUUUUUGCAGUGUGACAGGGUGCAUUAUCCUGCUGAAAGAGGCCAUCAGAGAAUACCAUUGCCAUGAAGGGUUGUACAUGGUCUACUGUAAUCUCUAUGUAGCUGGUAUGUGGCAAAGUAACAUCCACAUGAAUGCCAGGACCCAAGGUUUCCUAGCAGAACCCGGGCACUGAUGCUAGAAUUUUACCUGAAUAGAAGGUAUGGAAAGUAAACUCCCUCGACCAAUCAGGAGAAGGCAAAAUGUCUGAAGGAAGCUGUCCGCAAUUAAGACGGUGGAAGUGUUCGUACAUCUGUCUGAGUGAACUCCAAAACAGGAAUCUAUACCUGUCAUAGUGAGAAGCCACUUAAUCCAAUGAGCAAUUGUGGGGCACAAAACAGGUAUGUGAAGACAAAAAUAAUAAAAAAAAAAAAAUUGGGCCUGCUCAGAUGUCGUACAAGAAAUGUAUUGUUGAACACAACAAACUAUACAGAGAACUAAGUGGAAGUAGCUUUUGUGCGCUGAAUAAUGGAGAAACGUACUCCCUCUGGUGUAAAGACAAUAGCGUGAAAGUCAAAAGCUUGAAUGUCAGGUACCCUCUGAAAAUAAAUUAAACAAAGAAGUAAGUGCAAUUUGAUUGAAAGCUGAUGUAGGAAAGAGUUCAGUGUUGGAAAGCCAUAUCUUCAAAAAGUUAAAACUUGUGCAGCAUCACAAAAUCAGGUAUAUUUAGGAACAGAAGGACUAGCGAGACAAAUGCUGCGUACGAGUCUGCAGAUGGAUCAGUGUCUGCCCACAGAGGAAUCCUCAACAGGAACAUGUGCUGCAGAAAAAGUGUAACAAAUCUCAUUAAGAGACCUAUAAGACACUAAUCGAAAAGCGGCAAUAAAAAAAAAUUCAAAAUGUUAGAGACGUUGAAAAGGGAUCAAUAUCCCUUUCCACACACCAGCUAUCCAAGAUGCACUGCGCAGAGAAAUAGGAACGUCUUGUCCCGGGAGACCAUGAAUCCCAUAAGAGCUCUUGAGCAGUAUCAGAAUGUCCUGAGACAUUCCAGGAUACCCUGAAACAAUCUAGGCCAUGAGAGGAAGGUAGCUUUGAGGGCGAGUGGGUGAAAGUUCCCUGUUGAAUCCCUGAAAAGAUUGUAGGUUAGAGGCAAUAGUGAGGUAAUUCACUGACAUCUCUAGGAGGUUGGGAAACUAUGGCUCUCUAUAGAAGAGUUACAAGUGUUAUCUUGACUUAAAUAGUUUUAAGAUGAUGAGUGCAAGGAAUCAUGGCACGGUGGAAAAGUGUAACCUCUGGUCAUUGGCCACAAUUGAAGGAAGGCGUCAACUGCAAGACAGAUGGGAUCCGUCAAACAGCUGAAGAAUGCGAAGGUCUAGGAUGUGCCGCCAUCGAAAUAUGUGAGGAUUCAGUUGCCGAUCCCUGGAUUCUCUCCGCUGGCAAGAAAACCAGUCUGCGACAAGAUUGUCUGAACCAGGAAGAUAUUCUGGCCAAACGGAAAGGUUCUUGUCCAGGCAAAACUGAUGCAGUUCUCUCGGGAAAAAAGAGUAGUUUUGCGCAGGAUACACUAAGGAGAUGUAAAGAGCUGACCACCGAAAUGUUGUCUUCUGUAGUACCAAUGCACAGUUGUAAGUCUCUUUGGUGAAACUGUGGAUCAUAGCAGAAUCUGCAAUCAGUUCCCGGUAGAGAAGUCAGAGCAUAUUGCGCCCCUGUUGAGGCUGGCGUUUAACUCCAGUAUGAAAUGCAGUUGAGAAGCAAAAAUAGCAUUCCCAUUACAGAUGUCCAUAGGAGUAAACAAACCGUAUAUACUUGAAGUAUAUGAAAAGAAAGCGCUAAUAAAUGAAGCACACAAGUGAAAAUAAGAAUAACCAUCAAUACAAUACAGGAUAAAAUAAAAAAAAGCCUAGCGAAAACAAACUAAAAUAGAGAAAAAAAACUGACUGCAUAUGGUGUAAUAUAGUUAGGAAGCAUCAGGGGGUGGGGGAGUGGGAAGAGGACUAAAAUAUAUACAGGCCUGUCUCCCCAAAGGGGUAUAUUCCAUGUAAAAUUAUAAAAGUAAGGUAAAAUCAGGUAUAUCUCCACCAAAACUGGAUCUCACGAAAGAACCAGUUACAACUGGAAUCAAAGGUAAAAAAUAAUCAGAAAUAAAAACAAUGAAAGCGUGUAGAGUGUACAAAGUAGAGUGUAAUAAACCCAGGUGUUUCGUUCGGGUUGGGACAUCUUCGGGGAGAUGGGACACCGUUACUUGAUCCGGUUUAUAAUGAGCUUCUGUGUUAGUGAAACCAUCUGGUCUUUCACCUAUCUAAUAAAAAGAGUGGCGUCACCCUGUAAAUUAUACUAAAGGAAAGAGCGACUUACCCUCAGUAUUUGGCGAAGACAAAACCCCCAAACUGUUAUUACAGCAUAGAAGCUAAUGUAGGUGAAGAGCCAACAUAUAGUAGUUGCCAGGAAAAAGUACUUGCUCUAAAAGCGAAAAAAACGAUCCUCUGAACGAGCCAGAAACUGUAUGCUGAUGAGCUUGGAACAGUGUUUCGCUUGAGUGGCAGAACUGAAAAGCAUGGAAAUCCAACAGUUGUCAAAAUUUGCUGCACUAAAAUGGCCACCAGCACUAACAAGAGAGACGGAGACUGUGCAUCAAUCGUAUGACUUGUGUGAAGGAGGACACGUGGGAAUGUGUGUUAAGAUAUUAAGGGGAAAACUGCUGCGAGUGCCAUGCCACGGCCACCGGCGUAGUUAGAUCGGGCAGAAGAAACUGUAAAACUAAACCUGAGGCGAACCUGGAGAAGAAUAAAAAUAAAAAAAAUAUGAAAGGGGUAACAUGAAUAACCGCUCAAAUAAAAAAGUUUUUUGCAAAAUAUAUAUAUAUAUAUAAUAAACUAGGACUGUAAUUGUAAAAGACUUACCUUGGAGGUAAGCAGCAAAGAAAGAUGAGUUCGGAGGAGUUUCAUUCUAACUACUUAUCGUGUGUGUGUGUGUGUAACAUUUGUAUGCUGAAAGAAAAGAAUAUUGCUCUUUCAAAUGUACUUCUUACUAAUUAACUUCUUUCCCCUGUCACUUCUACUGUUUGUCUUCCUUAAUCUGAGCUAUUCCUUCUAGUUCUUUUAGUGUUUACAAGACUAUAAACCAGCAAUUUAUUUUUAUAUUGACUAGAAAGUACUUUACUCCUUUUUGUGUAAUUUAAUCCCAUUUCCUUUAUAUUGUGAAGUCAUAGGUUUCUCACCUUUCUAUUUGUCAAAUUGGUCAUAUUGCCAGUUCUUGUAUGUUUUGCCCACCUAUUGUACUGAACUGCAAAAUAUGUUGGCGCUUUAUAAUAAAUAAUAAUAAUAUUAAUAUAGAAUGUAUUGUUAACAGGCCCACUAUAAAGAUUUUAUCAUGAUGUAAGUAAAAAUGCUCCAGUGGUUUUUAAAGAAAUCCCGUAGUAUGUGCGCCAGAUUCAUUUAAGCCCAGAAUUAGAAUUUCCAUUAAUCCUCUGAAUUUAAAGCAGAAAAAAAUAUAAAGCUUCAAAAUAUUGGUUGGGGUUACUUUAAAUACUAUCUCACACAAAAGAAAACCUAGUUUGCAGCAAGCUGUAUAUUAUCUACCUGGAACAAACGAUGGAAGCAAUUAUUUAUUUUUACAGCGGCAUGACAAAACGCAUAGCUCUGUGUGCUUUGAAUGUUCCUCAUUCGUUAAAUCUCCCCUUCAUUGUAAUUCCCCCUCAAAGAUAAAACUGACUUAGGUUAUAGGGGAAUAUCCUUUUAGGUUCUCCUGCUUCAAAGAUGCAGCCAGCACAGUUUAUUCCCCAAAGAGCUGCAAACCACAUACAGAUAUUUCCUUUAAAAUAGAAGUAGGAUUAAAGAACCCAAUGUGCAGAGUUGCACUUUUCCAGAUUGUCCAUAUCUUUUUAUUUUUGUUACCUUUUCAGCUGAUUGAAGAGUAUAAGGAUAUUAUGCUUCCCAAGGAAGAUCCACGUUAUCAGCUUGUCCAGAAAAUUGUAGACCAUCUUAUCGCUUGCAACGGCGACCUACCAGAGGUGUCUAAGAUGGAGUGGGUCGUACACGUUGUAGAGAAGUCAGAAAUAAAUGCUGCUGUGAUGCAGGUAAGAAAAAUCUGAAUAUAUUAUUAAGGUAGGUGGUUGGAGUUUAUUGUACAGAAAAUGCAACUCAGUGCUUUCAUGUGUGUAUGUAUGUAUGUAUGUAUGUAUAUAUGUCUAUGUGAGUGUGUUUGUGUUCAUACAGCCUUGUGCUUCAUGUAUAAACCAUUUUGCACUCACUGACCUUUAUAGAAUCAGAGUCAGAUUUUUAAUACAUACAGAUAAGGUCCAAAAUUUUUAGGGCCUUUUUUUCCCAUUUUGUGUACGGUAUCUAUUUCCUAUCGGUCAAUAGUUUAUUGCACACUGGCUUAAUGACCACUGUUUUCUCAGAUUGCUCUUUGGACCUACAGUUUAUUUCUGUCAAUUGUUUUUUUUCUUUUUUGUUUUUUUUAAUACACUGUUGCAUACAUUUUAACUGUGAUGUUUGAACACCUCAACCAGCUUUUAUCAACGUUGAUAAAUGUUCGUUUUGCACAAAAAACAUUUCCAAUUUUUUUGUUCCUUGUUUUUUUUUUUAUAUAAUAUAGAUGUUUCACACAAACUCUCUUGUUGUUUUUUGAAGGUUCUCUUGGUGACCAGUAAUCUUUAACAAAGGUUGGAAUUCCACAGUUACAGAGCACAGAGGGAUUUAGUAAUUUUAAUGUGACUAAAUAGCUCCUGCUGGUCUAUUGCUAGAAAUUAAAAUAACGAAAGGUGAAGCGCUACAUACAAGUUGAAGUCCAAUUGUUUUAACUGUCGUUCUUGUCGAUCAGUAUUUUCUUAGUGGUAUAUGGAUCUUAUUCUAAAGAGAAAAUUAGAAUAUACUUAGUGCAACACUGUAAAAAAUACUUUUGACACAAUGUAAACUCUAUUUAUGGAACCACUCACAUAUUACUGAGCUUACGACCAAGCUCAGGGGUAUACACCUUCAGGUCCGUAAAGGCGACCUUUCACCUUCUUUCAUCCAAAUGACAAAUUCCCUGUUGCGGCUAGGGCUCAAGCAGAGAUAUAUAUGGUGCAAUAUAGUUUCAAAUCCGUUUAUAAAGUAAGAAAAUAUGCAUAUAUACUCACAAGUCUGGAGCCUUCCUCUUAGGCUCUUUUCCAAAGCGUUGUGUAGUUUAGGACUACACACCUAAUAGCAGGAACCGAUAUCCCAGUAUGAAUAACACAAAAAUAUGUUUAUUGUAUUUAAAAUUCUAAUGUAUCUCUUGUAUUUCUCAUCAAAUGACUGCUAUAUCAAAGUAUUGUAUGUGUCCAUAACUAGAUUGUACACAUAUAACAAGGAAAGUAACUCUUAUACAAAAUACAUAUACAUAAAAAAUACAUAAAAAAUACCUUUAAGUAUAUAUUGCACAAUAAGGUACAUUUCUUUACAACAUGAGACAUGAAUUUUUUAUAUAUUAUAAUUGCUAUUUUAUUUUGUUUUAAAUAUUAUGAGAAUUAUUUAUUCUGUGGGUACUGUAUUAAACUGGAGAGAUUGUUCUCACUAGAUCUCAUACAUAGGGAUUUUAUUAGUAUGAGUAUCAACGAUAUCGCUAUUUUUAUUUAAAGAAUGUGAUAAAUGUGAAAGGUAUUUUUUAUGUAUUUUUUAUGUAUAUGUAUUUUGUAUAAGAGUUACUUUCCUUGUUAUAUGUGUACAAUCUAGUUAUGGACACAUACAAUACUUUGAUAUAGCAGUCAUUUGAUGAGAAAUACAAGAGAUACAUCUGUGAAAUAUGGAAACUUUGUUAUGGAAAUCAGAUGCACUCGGUACGAGAGACCAAGCACGGAGGAAUUGUAGCGUGACGUCAUAUGCGGAAGUGAACCGCAAUGAGAAAGAGGCUUGGAACGCAUAGGGUCGGCUAGCCGGAAGAAAGAGCAUCAGCACGCCAAAAACAACACCGAACGCCGAGCCCUAAAGUUGCAGACAAGAUAUAAUAGCAGGACUUCUGUAAGUAGGAGAAUUUGUUUGUGAUUUUUUUCACCCAGCUGAGGAAGCCAACAGUAGUGUGGCGAAACGCGUCCUGGGGAUUGUUUUAUAUUACCUUUAUGCCCAGAUUUUUAUAUUACUGUAUAUUACUGUAUAUUCAUCAUAUUUUGUUUUUAUUGAUUCUAAUUGGCCAUUAGAAUUUUAAAUACAAUAAACAUAUUUUUGUGUUAUUCAUACUGGGAUAUCGGUUCCUGCUAUUAGGUGUGUAGUCCUAAACUACACAACGCUUUGGAAAAGAGCCUAAGAGGAAGGCUCCAGACUUGUGAGUAUAUAUGCAUAUUUUCUUACUUUAUAAACGGAUUUGAAACUAUAUUGCACCAUAUAUAUCUCUGCUUGAGCCCUAGCCGCAACAGGGAAUUUGUCAUUUGGAUGAAAGAAGGUGAAAGGUCGCCUUUACGGACCUGAAGGUGUAUACCCCUGAGCUUGGUCGUAAGCUCAGUAAUAUGUGAGUGGUUCCAUAAAUAGAGUUUACAUUGUGUCAAAAGUAUUUUUUACAGUGUUGCACUAAGUAUAUUCUAAUUUUCUCUUUAGAAUAAGAUCCAUAUACCACUAAGAAAAUACUGAUCGACAAGAACGACAGUUAAAACAAUUGGACUUCAACUUGUAUGUAGCGCUUCACCUUUCGUUAUUUUUGUUCUGUGGUUGGUGUAUAUGGAAAGACUACACGUGGUGAUAUAGCAGCUAAUAGCAUAGUUAUAUACUGUGAAAUUAUUGUAUAGCGCCAGUAUAUUAUUCUUUUGUAUUGCUAGAAAUUGCCAAGAUGCAAGAAGUUGUGGACCGAGAGAUGCUAAAGGACUUUGGGUUAUGUACCCAUUGUUUAAAGACCCACUUCUGGUCUUCAGCAUUUAUAAUGUUUUUUUUUUUUUUAUAAAGGUCUGUGUUUUUAUAAGAUAUGUUCAUAUGGAUUGGUCAUUAUAUUAGGAGAUGUAAAUGAUGGUCUUCUCAGAUUUGUUGUCCACUGUCUAAGUUCCUGUUAGCUGUGUUGACCGUAACACAGUCAUUUCAGAAUCUGAGUAUAUUUGUAGCGUUUCUUCUGUUUUACCUUGCAGAAUGGGCAGAUAUUUGUAUUCACCGGCAUGCUCAAUGCUGUGGCAGAUACCCACCAACUCUCCUUUAUUCUGGCACAUGAAUUGGCUCAUGCUGUUCUUGACCAUACAGUAAGUUUAAAUGUUAUUAACCCUGUGAACCAAAUAUUACACAUACACACAAGUUACUCACAUUACUAUACAGUAUUGUAGUUAUACUAAAGUUCAAAGCCUGGAAUAUAUUCUGCAAUGUAUGUGUUCUAAGAUCUCAUUUACAUUAUGUGAAUUUAGGAUAGCUGCAAUACCAAAAUUCCUAGGGUGCAACUAGGCAUUAAAUAUUGUGAGUUAUAUAUGAAAUUAAUAUUCAAUACAUUGUUAAAUACAGAUCUGCACACACCAUUCAAGCCACAAGACUUGCUUUACCAACAGAGAUGUUAGUGCUGCAAAGGAUUCUGGGUGGGCAUGUGCAGAUUAGUUCAACAAAGAAUGAGUUUUUGCCUCAUUAUUCCAUUUUAAACAUGGAUUCCUUGGUGUUUGUUUGCUGUAUACAACAGCUUUGAAACACAACUCAGCAAGAGAUGCAAAACCAGUGAACCAUUCGUGGACAGCUGUUUCAUUGUUAAUGCAACUCAUCAGCAUGAGGUUGGUUACCUCUGAGAGAUGCAAUAUAAUAAGCUCAUAUAAUGAAACGCUGUAAUAUGAGAUAAGCCAAUACUCUUCGCUUGCUCUACGUUUUAUUAGAAGAAGUGUUUAUAUAUGAUAGAAAAAUUGCCGACAUUUCCUCCCCUCUUCUGGGUCUCCAGUUCAUGCAUUGACCCUGGCUAUAAAAAUCUAAUUGGAUCAUUUUAUUGCAAUAAUCUAUUUUCAUGCUGUCCAGUCCAGGCAAGUGGUGAAUGAUGAAACAGCUGUGAGAUCAAUAAUUGUGCCUUCCCUACUCUCAACAGAAUACCUCUCUAGGUUUGUGGACAUUGCAUGUUACAGCAGCUUUAAAUGAUCUGAGAAUACGCUCAGGAUGGUGACUGAACCUUAAUGUGCAUGAAAUUAUACUUUUUGCUUCACAUGGGAUUUAUGUGGCUGCUUGAUGCUUUUUGCCAGAUCCAUUUGAAGUCCUGAAAUUGCAUACCUGUACUUAAGAACCUAACAGAAAGUGUUGGAUUACUCAAAACCAGGGGUGGCCAAAUGCUAUGCCACACUUAAGGCUGGCAAAGCAUCAUGGGUGUUGUAAUUUUGCAACAACUUAAAGGAACACUGUAGGCACCCACACCUCUGCAGCUCAUUGAAGUUGUCUGGGUGCAAACUCCCAUCACCCUUAAUCCUGAGCAUGUAAUUAUUGCAGUUUUUAUAAACUGCAAUAAUUACCUGCUAGGGUUAAGUCCUCCUCUAGUGGCUGUCCGGUAGGGACUGGUAGGGACUUCCAAGUUCUAAUACGACUUUUGUCGUCUAAACGACGCUGGACUUCCUCAUGUUAUGCAUAAGGACUUCCAACGUCACCAGAAUCCCCACAGGAAAGCAUUGAUUAAUGCUUUCCUAUGGGGAGAUCCUAAUGCCAGCGUGGCCAGUGCCGUGCAUACGCAUUAGGUCUCCCCUGCUGGCCUUGCCCCUUCUGCACCACUGGGGGAGUGGGGGAAUCCUUGACAAAGAGGGAAGCUAUAGUGCCAGGAAAAUGAGUAUGUUUUCAUGACACUAUAGUUUACCUGUAAGUGCUUCUGCUAGGAAACAUUCUGACCCUAACGUAAUGUGUGCAGUGUGGUAUUCAGAUGGAAUAAACAUGAUAAAAGCUCUUGUAACUUGAACCCAUAAAAGGACCAAUGGCAUGUUAAAAAAAAAACCCCAAGACAAGUUUCGUUGGGAUUUAACUGCUAAAUUAGGAACUCUAAAGCCCUGACAAAGAGUUUGCAAAUUUCAAGCUUCAAUUAGCAAGAUGGGAAAAUAGUUAGGUUGUAGAGUUUUUCUGUUUAACCCGUUUGAUGUAAUAUUUGCAUUUCCUUUGUCAAUGCUCCACAAUUCUCACUUUAGUUGAUAAACCUCAAUGUAGUAAGUAGGAAUAUUGACAGCUGUGGAACACUUCCAUCAAUUGUAUAAACCGGCAUCUGGUUUAUACAAUUCAGUAAGGCCUGGCUCUUGUUCCCCUGUUAACAUAUUUUACUGCUGCACCAGCCAGAACUGAAUGACUGCACAUGCUGUUAGCUUCAGCCUAGCAGAGCUUAUUACUACCUUGCACACUAGAAAGGUGAAUUGUGCUGGCAUUCUAUAAAUCAUCGGCUGUAUAUCAGUAUCAAGUUCACAGUUCUGCUGGCUGCAGUGGUCUCUGAGUGGUAUAUAUUUGUCUAAGGCUUUAAUAGCCAACAAGAUGGUGCGUCAGCUAUAAAGAAAAGAUUGGGGAGCUCUCAAAGCUUCAUUGAUUCCUCUCCCAGCAAUCCACAAAUGCUUUGUUCUGUUUAAAGGGCUCCAAACACUGUGUUUAGCAAAAAACAAUAUUGUAUGUAUCAUAAUAUUGUAUGGAUGUAUGAAUAUAACCAUGCAUUGCACAGUAAGGCAUUUCUCUGCCUGUUUUGAGUUCUAAAAAUAUAUAUAUAUACACACACACACACACACAACUCAAUAUUUCGAUCUUUAAAACCCAACAUUGUUCUUCUGAGCAGACCAUAUAUUAAAUGUAACCUUUUCUUAAAUGAAUAUUUUUGACCUGUUGCUUUUGUCUAAAAGGCAGGUUUUAAAAUUAGCCCUUAUUUGACGAAUUUACAAAACAAGAUAAUCAUCCGUCGCCCUGAGUUUUUUUAACAAAUGUAUUUGUGCACACACUACAAGUUUGUAAUUAUUAUAUAGUAAUGGCAAGAGCUUUCUUUUAUUUGUUUCAGGCCGAGAUGGGUAGUGUGACCCACUUUUUGGACUUCCUGCUUCUCAUUUCUCUUGCCCUGAUCUGGGCUCUUUGUCCAAUGGACAGCCUGGCAAUUGUUGGUCAAUGGAUUCACUCCAAAUUAAAAGAGGUAAGAAUACAUACUAGCAGCUGCUGAUCUCCUUCCCCUCUUUUCCUGAUCUGGACAUUUAUUUGGUUAGGAUGUGAUUGAAAGAAAACAUCAGAUAGCAGUAUGUUCCAUUUUUAAUGCUUUAUGGAGAUAGCACAUAAAAAAAUUACAAAGGCAAAUGUAAGCGCAACACGCGUACUGCACUUUUCCUCUCUUUGCUGUAAACCUGCAGCUUUCUCCGGGACAUUGGUUAAUCCUGGCCUAUUCUAUUGAUUUUAAGAGGAUCCCUGUGCAUAUCUGAUCAAUUUGUGUUCAGUAGAGGUUUAUGGGAUACACCGUUCCACUAGUAUUUUCCAUCAUGCAAAGAUGUAUUAUUGCCUGAGAUGUUUCUCAAUGUUUAUUAAUGCGAACUGCAGAAUCUCAGUCAUUGGUUCGAUUCCUUGCUUAGUCAUCUCAGCAUUUCAUCCUGCGCAGAUCAAUAAAAUGAGUACCAUGAAGCUGGGUAAUAACUCUCCAGGAUGUAUUGAAAACUAGCUAUUUGGUAAAAGUAUCUUUCCUGGCCAAAUACUUUAUUAUCAAACGGCUUCAUCAACCCUUUCUUGUAUGAUAUAGAAUAAUGCCCUAUCGGUAUUAUCCUGUAUGGCCCUCAAUAUAAACGCUCAUAGAGCAUUUUAAAAUAAGUUUACUUAACAUAAUCCAGGGCCAGGACAUCACGGGAGCCAUGCCGGGGUCCAAUCAAAGUCUUCUCACAGAGAAACCUGUGACUGGAAAAUGUAAAGGACUCAGGAAGCAGAGUUCUGGGCUGCCAAUGUCACAGGUGCUGAGGGUACCUCCCAAAUACCUUUUAAAAUCUUCUGCACUAAAUCCAUAUCAUUUACAUAUUGUGCUUAUUGUGAAGCCAUGCACCUGCAAUAAAAAUAAAAUAGACUUAUCGGCAUCAGUAGGGAAUAGGCAGAAGUAAAUGUUUCACAGCUCAUUAAACAGAAUGUGCUGUCCACGUCCCAACGAAGAUUUAAAAAAUAAAAAAAGUAAUGCUAAAAGUCUAAACUGUCCGUGGUUAUUGACUUGUGUUCCGAUAUUGUAUCCAGAACUCGGGUAGAUAGGUGGGACUGCAGCUGGGCAGUGGUUUGCCAAUAUAAAAAUAUUAUAGUUUUGAUCCAUAUUUAGCCACUGCAGUGGGGUUAUGGUUAUGCCCAUAUAAUCUACUGAUACAAAAGUGUGUUUUAAAGUCAAAAUGACUCCCCAAAAAAGGUCAGCCUACGGUAUUAUUUCCAGUAAGGUGACAUUUGGAAAUAAUUGGCAAUUAUUGCUAUCCACACCUUGGCAUUCAUUUAAGUGAGUGGGACGAACUCGGGGUUUCACACUAUCAACACUGUAUUCCGUUGCAUGGCAACUGUGAAACAAAGUACUUGCACGUACGGAUGCCCUUUGUAAAACUAUUAUUGACUGCUUGCGUGUAAAACGUCAAUAAUGCUUCACAUAAAUAUGACAGCUUCACUGGUAGAUCUGGUUGGGUCACUGUGAAAAAUGUCAAGGCUGGAUAACAAUCUAGUUUUAUCUGCUGAAGCAGUGCUAAAUACACUAAAUGUUAUUUAAACUCAUGAAGGGUUUUUUUUUUUUUGGCUUUUGUGUGUGUAUUUUCUGCAGUUAUCGGUUCCGAUAAGUACUAGAAGAUAGUCAUUUUUCAUCAGUGUCCAUUAUUUUACAUUUACCUAAGGUUAAUUCUCUCAGUAUCAAGAAUUACCCAUUGACGUAUGAAUUGUUAGUUUUAACGUGGUUGAGAAGAAAGAUUAGAAAAGUUGUUAAUGCUACAUUGAAGGUAAAUUAGAGGGGAAAUUAUGACAUUAUUUAUAUAUGUAUGUGUAUAUAUAUAUAAUGCCAAAAUACCAGAGUAUUGCAGUAUGCAAUGAAACCUUUUUUUAUUGGACUAACAUAAUAUUUCAAAGACAAGCUUUCGAGAGUUUUCCUCUCUUCCUCGGGUCGAAGCAAUACUGAUCAAUCUGAUAGAGUUUAACACUUAAAACAACUAAUGUUAGAGAAGGGGAGGGGGGUGAAUAGGGGGGGGAGUGGGUUGUCAUAAAUAGCAGAAGGUGCGACUGAAAGUAAAAGGUGCUGGUUGGCUGAGAAUAGCCAGAAAAAGUAAAUAAACAGAGAAGAGUCAAUAAGCUAGUUAAAAAUAAAAAAAUUACCCAAAAAAACCCAGCAGAGUUGGGCAUGCAAGUAUAUAGCGGCAUAUAUGUAUGUAUGUAUAUAAAUUGAUUCAAUUAAGGUGAAGCAAGAUAUUGAAAAAGAACUAUAUAAGACAUUAAGAUGUGUGUUUAUAAAAAGUUUUGGUAGUGUGUGAGAAAGCCAGAGUCUACGCUUAAUGUCCUUCAUUUCUAGUGUGGAAAUAUGUGAUCGUUUUCAUCUCAAAUGUCUUUAGUUCAUUCUUCAGUCUUUGAAAUUCCGUUUAAGAACUUUAAUCCUGAGGUUUUGGAUGGAGUGACCAGUGUGGGUGAAGUUAUGACCAACAGGGGUACAAUAUCCAUUUUCUAGUGGUUCUUGAUUGUCUGUCUGUGUAUUCAUUCUGAGAUGCAGCUUAAGGCCAGUUAUUUGAAUGUAGCAACCUUUGUCACACACUGUAAACUGUAUCAUGUACACCACAUUUGCAGAUGUGCACGAAUAUGAUCCCUUAAAGGAUCACUAUAGGGUCAGGAACACAAUCAUGUAUUCCUGACCCUAUAGUGUUAAAACCACCAUCUAGCCACCCUGAGCCCCUCGUGCCCCCCUAAAUAUACAAAUCUUACUGUAUUCAAGCCUGAAACUGUAACUCUGCAUGCUGUUAGACUCAGAAAAAAACAAGCAGUCUGCUGACAUCAUCAGAAGUGGUAGCCUGAUCCAAUCACAAUGCUUCCCCAUAGGAUUGGCUGAGACUGACAAGGAGGCAGAUCAGGGGCAGAGCCAGCAUGAUUCAAACACAGCCCUGGCCAAUCAGCAUCUCCUCAUAGAGAUGAAUUGAAUCAAUGAAUCUCUAUGAGGAAAGUUCAGUGUCUGCAUGCAGUGGGAGGAGAUACUGAAUCACAGGAUGCUCGUGCACAGCAGAUCUGAGUGGAUGGAGGCAUAUUAUGCCUCCAUCAACUCAGAAGUCCCUCUGGUUCACUCUGAGUGACUGCAACUGGAGGUGUUCCUAGCUUUCAAUGUAAACACUGCAUUUUCUCAGAAAAUACAGUGUUUACAUGAGAAAGGCUGCAGGGAGCUAUAGUUCUCACUGAAUAACCUCAUUAAGCUGAAGUUGUUCAGGUGACUAUAGUGUCCCCUUAAGUUUGAGGAAGUCUGUAGUGUCCUGUAGCUAUAUAUCUCUCUCUCUCUCUAUAUAUAUAUAUAUAUAUAUAUAUAUAUAUAUAUAUAUAUAUAUAAUAUAGAGAGAGAGAGAGAGAGAGACACACACACAUAAUAGAAACUGUUUCUGGUGACCUUCAUUAACAAGGUUGUACAAAUGAGAACGGAUACAAAACGGAGACAAAAUUACAAACAUAUGAUCUUUUUCAUCUGUGUCCCCCUUGGGUUUCUUUUCCUAUUUUUAAUUUGUGGUAAAAUCAUUUAAUUGGUUAGAGAGUGUAGGCCAGCUGGUGGAAAUUUAAAGUUGUCCUUUUCGUUCAAUCUGCUGGGAUUUUUCUGUAUCUCUCUACCUGACCUAAGAAGAAGGCAUGCUCAUCACAGUGUCGGAUACAGCAUGUUAGAUUGCCUUUUUUUGCAAAAUCCUAUUCUGUGUGCACAUAGCAAAACAUUUAUUGGGUACAAUGUGUUUUAUAAAAAUAAAGUAUUUGUUAUUAAAGUUUUGUACAUAUCUUGGAGUAUUUUGUUUAUUAAUUGGUGUUAAGAUAAUCAAAUGAUAACAUAUGUAUGUACACCCACCUAUCCGUAAACAUGUUGAAAUGUGCUGAUUGACCCUGUUAUCAUAACUCAUCUGCCAGUAUUUUACCACAUGCUGUUGAAUGCCAAUAUCUGAGAUAUAAAAACGUUGCUGUCACCUCCAUACUGCUCUGGAUAACAGAAUUUUUCACACUCACAGUAUAUGUUCGACCGGCCCUACAGCAGGAGUUUAGAGUCAGAAGCUGACCGAGUGGGACUUCAGCUGGCUGCCAAGGUACCAAAUGUCUCUUUUCAAACAGCAUUUCAUGAGAUGUGAUUUACUAAUUAAAACACAUGAUUAAAAAGCAAAAUAAGUGUGAAUCAUAAUGUGUCUUCAAAGUGGGAAAUCUGUUUAGUGUAAACCAAACAUAAGACAGGUCAAAAUAUCUCCACCAGGGAAUAAUUGUGGCUGCACGGAGUGACUUCUCGUAAGGUCUCUUUUAAAGUCUCCUUUUCUGGUUCUUCAUCUCCUCCACAAUCCUUCUCUGUUGGUGUUCUGUCCUCAGCCCCCUAAGGUUCUCAGUCUAUUCUAUCUCUCUUGGCUUUCAAUCCCACUUCCAUGCUGAUGACAUGUAAAUCUCUCUUUCUCCAUUCCUCUUGAAUGAUGUCUCAAACUGCCUUUCUGCUAUUUCUAACUGGAUGGCAUCUCGCUUCUUUAAACUCAAUCUUUCCAAAACAGAACUUCUUUUAUUUACUCCUUCAAGCACUUCUACUCCCAUGUUUAUCUUUCUUCAAGUCAACGGCACUAUCAUCUGCUCUACCUCAGAGUUCACUCUACCUCAAUCAGUUUUGUUUGAUUUCAACCUCUUCUUCACCCCUCACAUCCUGUCAAUUGUCAAAUUCUGUUACUUCCAUCUCAAAAAUAUAGCUUGUGUCCACCCCUACCUGUGCACUCCCUGCUCACUCCUCUACAGUCUAUAAUGGAUGAUGCAGCAAAUUCAUCUUCCUGUCCUCCCGCACCUCCCAUAGCUCCCCCCUCUGUUAAUCUGUACAUUGGCUUCCUGUAAGAUAUCGAUAUUAAUUUAAAAUUCUGGUCAUCGCUUACAAAUCUCUUAACAAAACUGCGCCUUUCUGCCUAUUUUCAAUAAUUCACAGAAUGUCCCAUUCAGACUCCCACGCACUAAAAAAAUCACUGAAAACUCUAUUAAAAAACUAACAGCUUUCCACCCCCACAUCUCACUAACCUACAUCCUUUCCUGCAACUGCAUCAUCAUAAAAAAAAAGAAAAAUUAGCCUUCAUUGUAAAUACUUCUAGCAACCUAAUUUUUUACUCCAUACCCUUACCUCUUGUGCCAUUGUACCCCACUCACCUUCUGUUCCUAUACAUCUAACUUGUCUUGUUGUAACUACUUGUUUGUUAGUGCACCUAUUUACAGCGCUGCAGAAUUUGUUAGUGCUUUAUAAAUAAUAAUUAUUAUUUAAUGCUAUGACCACAAUACUCAAGUGAAAUCUGCAAGAUAUAAUAGAUGUCCUGUUUGUAUGUACAAAUGUGUCUGCUCUCUGUCCUAGUGCUGGAGCUAGCGGAUGCACAUCUCGCAACAAAGCACAAUGAUGGGGUAUGAGAUGUGUUUUCUUUCAUCCGCGAAAUACCGGAGACCAUGUCAAAAAAAUGAUUUAUAUUUAUAUAUCAACACUAGAGCAUUAAUCAGAUAUCAUCCUGUUAGCAUGGCUUGUCAUAUACUAGCCUUUAUUGUUGUCAUGCUGGCAGCAUUAUAUCCGAAGGAUGAAUGUGGUCCUGAAAACCCAGAAUUCUUAGCACACCCGAGGCUAGCACUAGUGCAUGACAUCUUUUAGACACACCUAAACUUUUCAUAUUUCUCGUUUAGCAAAGUCCUGAAAUCUGUAAUUUGUAACUGACAUAUUGUGCAGAUUUAACUUUCUGCAAAUCUGGAUAUUGUGCAGUAAAUGGACAAUUACUCUGGUUGUGACAUCAUAUAAGCAAGUGGUCUGAAUGUAUGAAUUGACGUCAUAGCCAGUUCCCUUGUAUACCGAAUUACCAUAAUUUUGUGCAGUUGGUAUCAAGGCAUUUUCUAUCUAUUGGCAAGCUUGAAAGAGCAACAGUCAUUUUUCACCAUAACAAUCCAGUUUAUUUUUUUAUUUUUUAUUUAUUUUUUUUACCCAAGUCGUUCGUGGGACGAAAUGUUGUACCUGGAAUAAGUAAAAAGACGCUUAACUAUAUGCAUAAACUGAGAAGGCUGGGGCAACCAUGUUGGCGUCUUCUUUCCAUAAUGCAGAACAAGUUCCCAGUAUUCCUUAAAGGACCACUAUAGUGCCAGGAAAAUAUACUCUUUUUCCUGGCACUAUAGUGCCCUGAGGGUGCCCCCACCCUCAGGGACCCCCUCCUGCCCGGCUCUGGAAGGGGGAAAGGGUUAAAAACUUACCUUUUUCCAGCGCUGGGCGGAGAGCUCUCCUCCUUCUCUCCUCCUCCGUUCCUCCUCCUGGGCUGAAUGCGCACGCGCGGCAAGAGCUGCGCAUUCAGCCCCGCAUAGGAAAGCAUUUACAAUGCUUUCCUAUGGCGUGCUCUCACUGUGAAAAUCAAUGAGACAGCCACUAGAGGAUUAGGGGAAGGCUUAACCCAUUCAUAAACAUAGCAGUUUCUCUGAAACUGCUAUGUUUAUAAAAAAAAUGGGUUAACCCUAGAAGGACCUGGCACCCAGACCACUUCAUUAAGCUGAAGUGGUCUGGGUGCCUAGAGUGGUCCUUUAGGUUCACGUGCAACAUAUCUCCAUUUUUGUUUUCUAGACCCAAUGUCAAGUUAGGUCCACUUUCUGCAUCGAUUGCCAUUUUAUGUUGUUCCAGAAAACCUUUACUUAAAAAAACAAACAAAAAAAAACCCCCCACUAUAAAUAAGUAAAAUAACUAAUAACUAACUUUUAUACUGCCCUACUUUGACAUGUACCGCUUGCUGUUUAAUUAGAAAUGUCUGGUAUAUCGCAGACGCCUGAAAUUCAUUUAGCACUCUUAGGGUUAGUGUAUUACGACUGUAAUAAUUGGUGCUGAUUAAAAUGCACCCCGCACAUCUUGUUAAAACACCUGCCCUUCAACAAAGAACAGGUGAGAAGCUGCAGAGGAUUGCAUGAUAAUUUGUUAGCUCGACAGCCCGUUUGACUGGGAUGAUGAUGUACAAACCACAGCACAGUAACCUUCUUUGUCUGAAUCCUUGUAGACAUGCAAAUAGCUCCCGUAUUUUGAAUAACAGAUUUCAUUCCCACGAGGCUCACCAUAUUCUAUCAAAUCAUGCACUGCCUGUUGGAAGUCAUUCUUGGAAAUGUCAAGCCACGAGGUUGGGCAUUGCAGGAGGCACAUUUUAUGAUGGCAGCCCUGAUGUAAUCACUGUGUUUUUGCUUCCAUCCGACAUAACAUUUGACAGAAGCACAUUGCUGGAACGUACACUUAUGUUACAUGCUCAGACUCUUCAUUUGAAUGCCAGGCAAAUCUCUUAAAUUCCUUUAUAAAGAGUACCAUCUAGUGGUUAUGUUUUGUACUUACAUUUUUUUUUUUUUUUUUUGGUGGCUCCGUAGAAUUAACCCGUAGAACAUGAGAAACACUCUAUGUAUUACGUUAUUUUUAAAAUAUAUUAAUCAGUUUUAUACAAUUUACUAUAAUAAAUACAGUAUUGUUUAAAACUGAUUUAUAAAAAAAAAUCCUUUCGGUGUUUUGGUAAUUGCAUAAUUUUGUCUCCAUUGCCUAAUUAUAAAAUACACUGUUUAGUAGAUCUCCCUAUAAUUUUUAAUUGGGGAUAAAUUUGAACAAUCUCUUGUCUGAAGCAUUCAGAAGCCCUUCACUUCAAACCCCGCCCAGACUUUUUGUGGCUGUCCAAUCACAGACUUCUCAAUGCAGCUCAAUUGCCUGCCUUUUGAGUAUAGCUCCACAAAGCUAAACAAACCAGGAAGUAACAGGGCCAGUAAUCUGAAUGACGGCAAGAAGGUUCAAUUAAAAAAGUGUCAGUUUAUAUUGAAAUCUGCAUUUUUUUGGUAAAAUUAAAAAAGAGGACACAUUUCUUCAGACUUAAAGCAUUUCAGCAAGCUAAAGUAAUUUUAAGGGUCCAGAUUGUCCCUUUAAUAAGAAUCGCUGUCAGCAGCAAAGUUUAUCUAAUCUGCUUCAGUAUAAUUUCCUUUGUUUUUAAUAUUUUUUCCUGAGUGCUGUAGUUUUCACAAAAUUCAUGAGGAAAGGCUAAAAACUUUGAUUUUAAUAUUUUUGGAUAAGCUUUACAAAUGAUUUAGUGUUUUUGGACAUAUGUAUAUUUAAAGGACCACUAUAGUGCCCUGAGGGUGCCUCCACCCUCAGGGUCUACCUCCCGUCGGGCUCUAGAGUGAGGAAGGGGUUAAACUUACCUCUUUCUCCAGCGCCGGGCGGGGAGCUCUCCGCCUCCUCUCCUCCUCCUCGGCUGAAUGCGCAUGCGCGGCAAGAGCCGCACGCGCAUUCAGCCAGUCUCAUAGGAAAGCAUUCACAAUGCUUUCCUAUGGACACUUGCGUCUUCUCACUGUGAAAAUCACAGUGAGAAGCACGCAAGCGCCUCUAGCGGCUGUCAAUGAGACAGCCACUAGAGGCUGGAUUAACCCUAUUAUAAACAUAUCAGUUUCUCUGAAACUGGUUCUCUAAAGUGGUUCUCUAAACCACUGAAAGGUGCUUAUUUAUAUGAAUACUUUUAUCUCUAAUCUACUUUUUACAGCGUGUAGAGAAAUGGCUUUGACUUGGCUGCAGUUAAUUGAAGUGUUACUAUAAAUACAUAGUGGCUCCAGUCCGCUCAGUAGGAUGCAGAACAGGUAGAUUCACUAGACACUAAUAAACUCUGAAGCCUUAUAAUGAUGGAUGCGCAGACACUGGUCAUAAUACGUUCACUCAGAUUCCUCUGUCACUGUUGUCUAACCUUCUCACACAGGCAGAAAAUGUGUACAAUUUGUUGCAUACAAAAUAUCUACCAAUGAAUUAGCAACAACAAUGCGGUGGGCAAACAGUUGUGUAAAUUGUGUGCUCAAAAAAUAAAAAUGAAUUUACUUAUGCAGCUGGGAUUUCAAUUUCUGAAGCAGGAACAUAAAGCCAGAUGAAAAACAAAACAAUGCUGAAAGUCUGUGUAUAUAAUUAUUACCUGAGAAUAGUGGUGAUGGGGGUAACUUACAAACUACCGAGUAGAAGAUCUGCUCUGAUUUUGCACACUACUUUUAUCUUGAUAGAAUCUCAAGGUAAAGGUGAGUUCUAUCUUUUAUAGAAUCUCAAGGUAAAGGUGAGUGGCCUAUACACAGGGGAUCUGUAGUAUAGGCCAGUGUUUAGCAACUUUUUACAGAGUGGUACCCCUGCAGGUCUAAAAAAAAAAUCUUCUGCCUUGAGAAGGUAUAUUCUAUUUAUUUAUAUUCCAAAUGAAAUGUGUAGACACAUAAUUCUAUAUUGGAGAACAAGCCUGGUUAAAGGACGUAUAGAGUAUUUUUAAAAUAAAUAUAACAUAAUGUGAAUAUUGUGUAUGUAAGGAGGUGUGAAUGAACUAUUAAUUUGAAAUAUAAAAGUUACAAAAUGAAAAUAUAAUACACACUUAAUAGUUACAAACAGAGGACAAUGACAUACAUUUACACAGAGAGGACACAGACUGACAGACACGGUUACACACCGAGGACACUGAUACAGAGACACAUAUUUACAUACAGAGGAAACUGACACUCACAUUUACACGCAUACUGACAGACAUACUCACUGACACACACUCUUGCUGAUUUGACACGCACCGACAGACAUAUGUACUCACAACUUAUUAUAUAGUGGCCUAUAUGGGCAGAGUUUAAAGCGGAACUGUCAUUUCCCGCAUCCCACCCCAGAAAAUUAGCAUUGUAUAAAAAAUACUCAUUGUGACUGUGUUAUGAUUUCACUGAAAUUCCAAACCAGUCAAGAGACAUACAGAGACAAAGAAAGCCUGACUUUCUUUGGCACCAGGCCGCGUGGCAGAAGACAUCAGUGAGGGCUGCAGGGAAUAAGCUGUGGGAAAGUACAGCAAUGAUGUCUGUGCCGAAAAGGACUUUCCCAAGAUGGAGGUGUGUGCGAGGGACAGAUUCAGGUAAGUAAACUCCCCACGGCCACCAGACCACCAGCGAUGAUGUCACUGUUGGCGGACUUUGCAAAUUCAACAAAGCCCCUAAACGAUGACGGUGUCACUUUAAAGCAAGUUUCCGUUUCCAUUGCCAAUCAAAUUUGCUCAUAAUGAAUCGGCAUGACAGGGCCGCUUUAAACAAGGCACGACAGGUUAAUUUUAAAUAAUUAAUGAGUAUUUUUGCUUGUGAUAUUGCUAGCACAGUGUGUGUGUGUGUAUGUAUGUAUGUAUAAUAUACACUACAGUUGCAAGAAAAAGUAUGUGAACCCUUUGGAAUGAUAUGGAUUUCUGCACAAAUUGGUCACAACAAUAGACAAUCAGUCUGCUUAAACUAAUAACACGAACUGUUGCCAUGUUUUUAUUGAACACACCAUGUAAACAUUCACAGUGCAGGUGGAAAAAGUAUGUGAACCUCUAGACUAAUGACAUCUCCAAGAGCUAAUUGGAGUGAGAUGUCAGCCAACUGGAGUCCAAUCAAUGAGAUGAGAUUGGAGGUGUUGGUUACAGCUGCCCUAUAAAAACACACACACCAGUUCUGGGUUUGCUUUUCACAAGAAGCAUUGCCUGAUGUGAAUGAAACCUCGCACAAAAGAGCUCUCAGAAGACCUACGAUUAAGAAUUGUUGACUUGCAUAAAGCUGGAAAGGGUUAUAAAUCGGACACAGCAGAUUUGGGCAGAGUAGGCACCUGAUGUCUGGGUAAACCGGUACUUACUCUGCCUAGCGCACAUUUGCUGCCCACUGCUUGUGGUGCACAAACUCAUUGAGGUAUGCGUAUCACAGAUUUAGAACUUGUGGUGUAGAUUACUAAGAGGAUGUUAAAAUUAAUUUGGUAAAUAAAAGCCUUGUACUUAAAGGGACAUUGCAGGCACCAAUAGAUCUACAUUUGAUAGAUUUUGAACGUAUCAAUAUGCUGUAUUUUUUUGCAAGUUCGAGUCCUUAUUGUUUUUGCAUAAAGGUCCAGCAUUAUAUAUUUAAGUAUUGUCCAUAUAAUCUUGCUCUGCUUUGAGAAUUUAAAGAAACUCUAUAUCGUUAGUUAUACAAAACUUAUGCUAUAGUGUUCCUGUCCCUAUUACUAUGCCCCACCAGUGUACAAAGGGUUAGAAAUCCUUUUUAAAACUUGCAUCUUUCCACAGUGCUGGCUCAAUCAUUGCUUUCCUAUGGGUUUUGAAGUUGUUGCUUUGUAUGAGAAUGUCAAAAGUCAUUUCACUGAGUUAAACUCUGUUAAAAUCCAGGAAGCGCCUCUAGUGGCUGUCUGGUAGAAAGCCGCAAGAGGUCUUAACCCUGGAAACUGGUGUGUUUUACACUGCAGGGUUAAGGGUGCAAGGGCACUUCACCCAGACUACUUCAUUGAGAUAAAGUAGUAUGGGUGCCUAUAUUGACCCUUUAAAGUGGCUCUGUCAAGAUGAUGGUUUUGCUUUUAAAUUAAUCCCUUUUUGUCUUUUUCUUAAUUUACCUUUGUUUUUUUUUGUAGGGACAAAAAUUUUUUAAUUUCUGGACGUUUUUGUUGUUGUUUUUUUCUUUUCUUACACAAUGGACUGAGCUUAAGUACCAUUGCAUAUGCUAAUUUACCCACAAUCUAUCAGUCCAACGAAUCUCACAGAAGGGCAAACUGCAGACAUCAUGGAGAUAGGAGAACAAAAUGGUGGUGCCCAGAUAUUGAGAUCUGGCGCAAGGAAGAAUAGAUUAAGCAAAAUAAAGGCAAAUCGCAAUGGGAAGAGUGUAACUUAUGGUACAAGUGGUGUAAGGAAAGGAAAAUACAUGACAAUGCUGCUUUUAUUUGUUUCUUGGUAAAUGGAAGAUUCUGUGAUUAUGGAAGAGUGUACAGAGUGUCCUCACUUACCGACCGAGUUCCGUUCUUAUGACCCUGUCGUAAAACAGCAAGCAUGCGCAAGGGAGCCGGUCUACUUUCGGAGGAAUACUUGAAUCCCUGCACUAGGGAGCUGGUCGAAGCGUGAGCCGUCAUAAAACAGGUUGGUCAUUACAUGAGGACCACCUGUCUAUGAGUUUUAAAUUACAUACUUAACCUGUGGAAAAUAGAGUUUUAUAUAUAAGCAGACCUGUAGCAUUUACAUCACUAUGUAACAGGAGACCGCAGCUGAUAUUAAGAGUGCUGUUUUCAAGGACUGUUAACUAACGUAAACAAAAUGAUUUGUAAAGUUUCCUUUCGGGGUAGAACAGUUUGAUGUUAGCUACAUGCAUUUUUUGUAAUUUAUUUUUAUUAUUGGCCAGUGGUUCUUAUAUAAAACUGAAAAAGAAUUAUGGACGUAACUUGUGUAACACUGGAUGUGUAACCGGCUCAUUGCACAGGGAUCUGUCUAGCAAAAAAAGCGUUCAAGCUGUUUAGCUAACGAGUAGCUUGCAGUACCAGAGAAAACAGGCCAUAAUGUUUAAUAGACCUCGGCUGCUCUGGCGUGUAAUCCUCUUGGGAGACAGGAUGUCAUCCUUCCAAAUGUGCCCUUUGCAUUCGCUUCCUGACUUGCUUUGUGCCACAGAAGAAGCAUUGGGCAUUUGUAGGUGGGUGAAUGAGCCUGUAGCUGCUAUUCAUCUGUACCUGUGCCAUCAGAGCUCCUCUUAUUGCAAUGCUGGGGAAGCGAUCCUUAAAUGACCCACUUAGCUCAAUCACUCCGAAAAUCCAUUUUAAAACUCACUUAUCUUCUAAUAGUCCUCUUUAAUGCGAAUAAUGAAUGCUAGUAUUUAAGAAUUCUAGAUGCAUGUUCUGUUACGGAGACUGUCUAAUGCUGACUUGUGGCCCUCUGUUUUCCCUGCAGUGUUUUUUUUGUUUGUUUUUUUAAUUAAGUACAUGUUAUUUUUGUUUUGGUUUUUAUUCCAUGCAAAUCUAGAACCAGAAGGAAAUAAAAGUGUGGAUUAGACUAUUGGAUAAGGCGAGCCUGACCAAUCCAUGCUUCAGUAUCAAUGUACAAAAUCUAUACUCUUGUUUUUCUGCACAUCUGUUAACCCCCGCAACUAUCUAUACACCCUUAAUGCAUGCUCUUGGUUUUCUGCUUUAUUGUAAAGUCUGUUUUUAGGAUUCUAAAAAAAUCAGGAGACUACAGUAUAUACUCAAGUAUAAGUCUAGUUUUUCAGCACAUUUUUUGUGCUUAAAAACCCCCACUCGACUUAUACUCGAGUCACUGUCUGUAUUAUGGAACCUUAGAGAGCCGCGGCCGUCAGAGCCAUGGCAACGAUCCGCGCGGCAACCAGACCGCGAGACUUACAGUGGAGCUGACCGGAACGGAGGAGAAGGUAGCUGACAGGAGCUGCAGGAAAGGUAAGUAAAUGCUUCCUGCUGGCCCCCCCCACUUCACAGCCCAUGCCACUGGACCACCAGGGAUUAAGAUAGCCCCCCUCCCUGACCAGUUAACAAGCAGGGAGGGGGGACAAAAACAAAUUAAAAUAAUAAAAAAAUAAUAUUAAAAUAAAAAAAAUUAAAAUAAUAAAAAUGCCAUCCCCCCACCUAGUUCACACACACUACACAAACACACACUCUGCAUUAUAUACACACUCUGCAUUAUAUACACAGAGUGUGUGUAUAUAAUGCAGUGUUUUUUUGUAUGAGUGUGUGUGUGUAUAUAAUGCAGAGUGUGUGUUUGUAUGAGUGUGUGUAUAUAAUGCAAAGUGUGUUUGUAUGAGUGUGUGUAUAUAAUGCAGAGUGUUUGUUUGUAUGAGUGUGUGUGUGUAUAUAAUUAUAAAAAUCACAGAAUUUCAUAGCCCCAACUUUUACCCUCGACUUAUCCACGAGGCAUAGCAUAUUUCACAAUUGUUGGUCACAAAACUGCACUCGACUUAUACAUGAGAUCGACUUAUACACGAGUAUAUACGGUACUUUCCCUUAAAUUUGUGCAGAAAAAAUUAUUGAAGCGUGUAGGCUUAACAGCCCUCUGUAUCAAAAACAUUGGGUGCUUAAAAAACAAACAAAAAAGUCAGCAACAAUGUUAUGGGCAACUAAGGAAGUAGUAGCUACUAGGGCAAACAGAGAAAUGGCAAAUAUUUUUAUAUUUCCAAAUCUAAAUUACUUGUUCCACCCCAAGCCCACCCCCAUACACACAAGCACUCAAAAUUUUCGGUUUAAAUAGAAUUGGAAUGAUUGAAAAGCCCUUUUUAAAAAUGUAUUUCCUUUUUUUUUUCCUGAGUAUUUGCCAGACAUGUUUUUUUUUUUUGUAUACGUCUGAAUUUUAAUAAUUAGUAUGUGAUUCACGUACGUAGCUUUGGGCUGCGUUUCCCAAAAUACUGCCCGAGGCACUUCUUUUGUACAUAAUCAAAUGUAGCAUCAAAAUCCGAUUGCUCAGUGAAUCCUUGUAGGAAACACAAUACAAUUGCAAAGUAGUUUAAUUGUGUUGUUUCUUUUUUCCUUGAUGGUCUAUUACUGCUUUUUAAUCUGCCUUUUGCAGACAAGGAGCUGGCAGAGGUUUAAAGGGCAAAUUUAGUAAGCACCAGCUUGGAGAGAUUUUACCUUCUCUGGAGCCAGUUCAUCUACAUAGCAGCAUUGGUGUUUUUACCAAAGCAUUCAUAAUAUAUAUUUUUUUAAUUGCUAAAAGGGACACUCAUGGCACGUAAUGUUCAAAUCUGUAUCAGAGCAUCUUACAGGCCUUCUCCUCCCUUCACAAGGGAGUAGAUGAAGUUGUUAAAGGCCCCACAAACUGUUUGUUUCUUCCAAUGUCUACAUAUUGCCAUCAUAUAAAAAAUCAAAGAGAAAUUAAAAUCAAUGAUACGUGUAUAUGUUGCGUUUGUGGUAUAUAUGUGAAUGCAGUAUCUGUGUGCAAGCAUUGUGUGCAUGUGAGAUCAGUGUCAAUAUUUUUUAAUUGUCAAUAAAUUAUAUGUGUGUGAUUUAUGUUGAAAGUGCAAAUGUAUUGUGUGUUCUGUAUCUCUAAAUGGGUUUAUGUGCGUGAUAUGAGCCGGUAAAGGGACAGAGAGAGGCAGGGGAAAUUUAAAAAAACAACUAACAUAUGGUAUAGGGGAGAGAGGGAAGACAAACACGUUGCCGUGCAGACUUUGCCUGCAAUGGAGAUGCUGAUCACAUCUGUUGCCAGCACACUUGGUGCCCUACAACAGACAGAAUCUUUGCACAGCAUUGACCUUAGAAUUGCAUUGAAUUGUGUGCCAGGGUAUAAACUAGCCCCCUAGAACAGGAAUUAAAUGUAGCCAUGCUCUAUUAAAUACAACUAGAAAACAAGGAGCAGAGACUGAAUCUCUUCUCGUCGUCUGGAUGCCAGGACGUCAAAUCCAGGAGAAAGACAAGAAAAGCCAGAGUUAGUUUGAAUCUAGAGGUCUGGGUGAAAUAAUUAAAAUGCAAGGGCAUGUAGCUGUGACACUAGUGAAGAAGGGGUACCAGUAAUGCAGGAUUGGAACACUUGGCUUUAGGCAAUUGAAUUUAAAAAUAACUAAGCAUUUGUCUUAGGGUGCUCUGGGGUUUUAAAGGCCUUUUGUGAUGCAAGUACCUUCCAUGUUUCCUAGGAGGUGAUGCAAGAGGAAUAAUAAUCAGUCAAUAAUAAUCCAGCUUUCUCACAUCAAUGUACGUACAUGGUCCGUGGUGUUGGAAAGAUUUGGCCAACAUGGUGUGACGUUCGUCAUCAAAGAUGACAAGUCAUCCAAUUUUGGAUCCAGCAUGGGUUAUCACACAAGAUUUCAAUUUGCCUGGCCACCUCAAGGAUGUCAAGGAAAAUGUAAGAGGUGUUGUGACAAUAACUCAGUGACACUGCAUUGAGUAGGGGAGAGGUAUGUAGUUUCUAUCCUUAGAGGAUUAGAAUAGUAUUUUUGUUUUUUCUUUUCAGUGAUUGUAUUCCCUAGAGAAAACAUGCAUAUUUUCUUUGGGGAUAUAAGAAAAGAACAAAAAAAAAAAAAAGAGAGACACUCUUGCAAAAGCAUUAGCCUUUGUAAGGAAGCCCCUAUUUCCCAGGUACCGACUUCUAGGGAAAUGAUCAGUCAGAGGCUUCUCAUCGAGAAGCUUCUCUGCUCGAGUGCACCCAAUUAUAUAAGACUUCUACUGAAAUCUGCACUUUUAUAAACUGUCAAAACUGGCAGACUCCAGUCACAUGAAGCAAUUCAGCAAGCCGAAGGUUUUUUUUUUUUUGGAGUGUUCCUUUAAACCCACUUGUCGGGGGGCAGGGCCGGCCCACUGACUGAGCAGGACGCAGGUUGAGGGAGCUCCUCAGCCUAAAUACUUUUCAAAGCGAAAAAAGGACAAUCUACCCCUUAAUUCCUCCUGACAUGGGCAUGCAUCGACAGGGGAGUGUAUGGGCAACCUAUGGGGUGAAACCUCAAAGGCAGAGCGCACUCUUGAAUAUGAGGGCUCCCCGUGGCCUGCAACUUCCUACAGGGCAGGGGAUGCGGCCGGUCCCCCGUCCAUCAUCCACCCCCCGGACAGUUUGGGUCCCGCUUCCCCUCCCUCUGGGCUGGUGGGGGUUAUCCUGGCCCCCGCUGGGCUACACGCUGAGGCCCCCCGGACAUGGUGGGAGAUGCCUCAACGACAAAUUCAGGGAACCUCCAAGCUCACAGCAACAUGGUGCAGGCCCUGGAACUAGCCUGGCUUAUGGAGAAUGCCUCUAUCCUGAAAGCAGCAUGGCUCACGCCUGUGGACAGUGCACAUGUGGAAGCUGGGUGCCCAGCCAAGGUAUUGGCUGACUCUCCCACUGUAGGAGCUGGCUAUUAAUUAAGCUAAGUCUGACAAGGACUCUAACCCAGGCUGUAACAGACCCAGCAGCACACAACACACCACCUUAUUAUUUGGUUUAAUAUUGUUAUUUUAUUACUAUGUUUUUAUUAGCCUGUCUUACUCAUUUUGGUCACUCAUCCCUAUCAAUCUGCCUAGGAUCAGUAUAGCCUCGCUAUUCUCUCCUACCACUGCUCCACUUUGUGGCAUUAAUACCACUAUUGUCAACUUAGUAAUACUCGUGGGCCCAGCGCCCUUACUCAGCAUUACAAUAAGCUCCCAGUGCAUCUGAGCCUCCUGCUAUGAUGGAUAGGCAGUUAUACUCAACCUGCUCUACCAUACCAGCGUUACUUGUCGGCAGCUCCACCUGUUUUACCUAGUUCACACUAAAGGCCCAGUUUAUUUGUCUGACCUGCCAUUUUAAGCGCAGUCGAACUAAUGAGCCUGUAUUACUCUCGUUUUAACACUAUCGACUCAAAUUUAAAAUUGUGCAUGUAUGCUGGACUACCCCAUUGUUAUAUGUGUUACAAAAUUGCUUGAGGAUUGCUGUCGGGGUACCUCACGCACGUAUGUUAUUCUUGAUAUGCACUACAAAAAUAAAGAAUUAAAAAAAUAAACCCACUUGACAACAAAGAGGUAGGGGUCCAGGAACCGGAACUGAGAAGUUGACUGGUAUAUUGAUAUCGCUGAUUUAGUGAACUCAUUUGGUCAAUCAGGAAAUCCAGGCAUGUGUGCCUGCCAGUGCAAACAAGUAGGACUGUGCAUUCAACUGAUGACUAUAAACAUGUACUCUUUCAACAAGGAAAAAAAUAACUAUUUUAUUUUUGAUACACAAAGUGUUGUAAAUCGUCCGUUUAUCUUAAUCGAACAGAUAUAUUUAUUUGAUAUGUUUUAGUCGCAGAGAGAAACUUUUCAUGGCUCUCUCAAAUAAUUGCUAAUCUAAUUUCUCUCCAAAUCUGCCAUGACAUUGGUCUAUAAUUUUAAUUAUUAUUUUGCACUUUUUAUUAGCCAAAAAAUGCUCUAUAUCAAACAAAUUUUUAAAUAGGCCUGAGAAGGUAAGAAUAAUACUGUCAAUUAGACAUUAAUCCAAGAUGAUCACAAUAGCACAGUAAUCUUUGUAUCUCACAUGAGCUGUCCCGGGAACUAUUUAGCAAGCUUUAUUAAGCUACGAGGACUGCUUAUUAAAAUCAGACAAAGAUCUAGGGACGGAUUUGCAAACAACAAAGAUAAUGCCAUACUGAGAUGUAUUGCAUAUCAUCUGAACCUGUCAAGUUGGAUUAUAAAAUCCAUUUUCCUGUUUUCCCUGUCACAGUGGGAUAUGAUUUAGUGAGUUGCUUUUUAACCUGGAAACCAGGUCAUAUGCUUCUCUCACCCAAAAGCUAAUAGUAGUUAUGAAGUUACCAUAAAGACAGCUCUUUGUGUAUUAUAUGUCUGAUUUCUGAAAAGAUUUACUUCAUGCUUAUAUCUGCUGGUGGAAAAUUGGUAACAGUCUGGACCCUUCACUAACAUAAGGACUUUUAUUCAAAGCUUUAAAGAUAAAAAAUGUUGUUAUAGAUUGUAAAUGUAGCUCACAUGUAAACUGCUGAAAGUACACUACUGUUCACAGGCCUGCGUUGAUGUCAGAGCAAGUUCUGUCUUCUGGAAACAAAUGGAGUUUUCCGAGAACUUUGGAGGACUACCUCGAACACCAGAAUGGCUUUCUACGCAUCCAGCUCAUGAAAACCGCGCUGACCAGCUGGACAGGCUCAUGCCAGAGGUAAGUGGAAUUCUGCACCCCUGAGUCAUUUUGCACCACAAAUGGCCUCUGUAAACACUCUAGAUUAUUCUACAGAUUGGCCCAACCAACUACUUCAUGAUUUUAUCAAUAUUGUGAUAAUAUUUAAAGGAAAUAGUUAGCCAAGUAUUGUUUUUUUUUCUUCUCAUGAACAUGGCAUUCCCAGCACUCUGCCAUAGGUUCAAUGAGUAACUGAUUAUUUAGAUCUGGGAAAAAUAUAUAUGUAGACCACGUGGUUGUACCAUCAAGAGCCUCUGACGCACCACGUUUUUGUCAAUUUAUUGAAUGCUCCACCUACUACUGUAUGUAUUUUCCUGGGGAAAUAUAUACAAGAUAUGAAGCUUCCGUAACACUAGAGGACCAACAAUGGGAUAACUCCAUCAUAACAAACCAUACUUUUAAAUAUCCUGCAUCAACAUGGAACGUUGAUUGUGGUCCUCAUAGGGGAUACUUUAUGAAGUCCCAGUCAGCUCACUAUAAGUUCUAUGUAAGUGACUUCAAUGUCUUGGUGCGCUGAUGCCCUACAUAUUGUUAACAUGGAAGGCCACGCCGCAGUCUGAGCAUUGAUAUUCAUCUCAUCCACAAAGUGAUUCUGAACAAAAUUGUAUUGUAAAAUUGUCAGUGGAGCUUCCCAAUGUUAAGUUGUUUCAAUUCUUGUUGUCAAAUAUGGAUAAAGUCUGUCAGUUUUUCUUCUUUCCAUGCGCCUGCUGUAAAAAAGAAAUAAAUAUAUAUAAAACAAUUUGCUUUUAAUUUAGCAUUGAAAAUCAGAUGGCUAGCACAAUGAAACAAGUACAGUUUCCAGCUGUAAACACACAGGACACCUACCUACAGAUGCUUUUAGUGUUGUUCCUGCAGUCAAACUGGCGCACAGGUUCCAUAGGCACGGUGCCAUCCUCACAGAUCGGUGCCCACGUGCAGCCAGCCAAAAUUCCAUGUUUGCUCGGCUAAUGUAUCUAAGGGCAUCAUUCCCUACUGUUAAUGAGAGCUGCUUGUCCUAUUAUCUUUCCUCAUACAGAAGGAAAAUGUUUUUUUUUAAUCACUUAAAAUAUUGUUUUCAGAUUUCUUAUUUCAAAGGUAUUACAGUUUGUGAUAUUUUUUUGCUCCAUUUGCGAAAAUACUUUGAAACAAGUUACAAAGGUUUAGAAAUGAGCAACCAAUCAAGGAAAGGCUGUCAAUGGCAUGCUGGGAGUAAUGUUCAUACUAGUUCUUACUAGAGGCAGAUAAUGUGUGUGAAACUGUCUCUCACAGUGAAUGAGUGAAGUGCUUAUUUUUCAGCUCCGUAAAUGUGAAAAAUGUGCUUUUAAAAAUGUCUUGAACUUAAAAUAUAUUUUGGCAGUGAAAGUACAAAAAAAUAAAAAAUAAUAAUAAAAAAAAGGUUUCUGCCCUAGAUCGCAGAGAUUUGUGUAUAAAAUAUACAUACAAACAAAUAACAAUGACUUUGGGGUACAAUUUAUAGAUGCAAUAAUAAUCCUGUGGCUGUAGUAGUAACUAUGAGUACAACAUAUAAUAAUGCAUAUAUUACAUAGAUUAAUAAUCGGUGGCUAACAAGAAGUUGGUGGAAAACUGCAUACCUGUCCUGUUGUCCUCUAAAACCAUAAGGCCCACAAUGCAUUUAGUCAGCCUACUCCCCAAGUGGGUCUUUCUACCAUCGGCCUAGUAGAAGCUAAAGGGACACUGCAGGCCAUGAAUACCAACCGUCCCAAUUUCGGCAGGACAAUCCCAAUUUUCGGGUCCUGUCCUGCCGUUGUCCCCUGGUGUCUCGCUUUUGGGGACAAUAGGGAACUGUCCCCAACAGUCAUAGCAUGAGUACAUCAUUAUACACGUUUGCGCGGUGUUUAAGGCAUUAGGAAAUUUGUCACUGUGAAACUUCCAGGUGGUCUAAGCGUUGAUGAGUACUCUUGUAAUAUGGACAAUAAAGGUUCGAUUUCAGUGCAGAAAGUUACAUGAAAUAAACCAAAAUGGCUAUUCCUACAAAUCUCUAGAAAGCAUAUCCAUUAAUCGGGGGAAACAUUUAAAUAAGUUUUAACUGUACAUAACACAAUGCCGUUGUCAUUAAAUGAUAAAACACAGCGAGGACCAACUAUUAAAGAAUAUAUACACAUACGAGCAAAUGUGAUCUCCGGUUAUUAAUAUGCAUAUUAAGAUAUUAUUCUGCAGCUGAAGAUUCUGUUAAAGAGCAGUAAUAACCUGUGAAAAAAGUGAAGAAACCAUAUCAACUACACAUUAGUGCAUAUUUGUGUGAAAAAAAUAUUAAAGAUUUAACAGAGGUCAAUUCAAAAGGUCAUCUGGAAUAUAGCUAUGCCUCUAUUAUUCCACACGUGUAUGAAGCACAAGAAAUCUUAUUAAUGCUUCGAUGUGUUUAAUGGAUGUGAAAUAACGUGUAAAACCCCAGAGUUUAUGUACAAAGCCCCAUUUUGGACCAGAUUUCUGAUUCCGAGAAGCCAGAAAUAUUUAUGGCAUUAUUUGUAAAGCACUAGUAGGAUGUAAGAAACCUCUAAGGUGGACCCUUGUAAAUUAAAAUUCUUUCAUCACUGACUGAUCCUUCAGCUAGGAGUGGGCAUCUUUCUCUUUAUAUAGAUGCUAUUUCUUGUCUUCAUUCUUUGUGCAGACAAACCUUUAAAAGUAUGUUUCUUCAAGAGAUUUAGCUUCAUUUUAAAGCGUACCUGUCAUGGUUAUUUGUACUUGGUUUAAGGAGAGGAAUUACAUUAGCUCUGCAUAGUGCUGGUGAAAUCACUAGGCAAUGUAUAGGUCUUUAGAAAAACAACUACGUAAACUGCGCUCCAACCUUCUUUCGCUCUGACAAUCAUCAUCUGUCGAUAUCUGUUCUAGAGAUAACACAACUACCACGUCAGCAUCAUCAAGGGGGGUGGAGGGGUUGUGUCAGGUGCAGCAAGGCAUUUCAAAAAUGAGCUUAGCUAGAGAGGAGGUAGCAACCCUGAAGGAGGGGUGAUGGCGGUGCUGGAACUGUGGAAUAUGGCAAAAAAUGUAUAAUAAAGUCACAUUGAAUUGACCGUAAGAGAUGAUUUAAUCAGGGAUGAAUUAUGGCAUUAUGGAUUACAGUAGCUACUGGUAACCAUUAGUUUAUAAAAUGAUUCGGUUAAUUUCUGAUCCCCAAUGCACAAUGUUAGCGGCUUCCAGUGAAUAGAAGUCCAAUAUUAUUACAGAAGGCAAUUUCAAGGACUAAAUAAACGGAUUUAUUCCUCCAACUACAUCAACACUAUAUUUAAAUGUAUUUUCCUUUAUUUAUUUAUUUUAAUUUUAAUUUUCUUUUUUGCCUUGAUAUGGCAGAUGGGCUUUCACUUAAUGGCCAUUGGAAUGAAACAAAUAUGCAUAGGGAUUUGGGCUAGUCCACAAGUAACUCUUUUCUUUGGUUUUUAUUGUAUGUAUUGGGGCUGAUGUGUACUGUGGUCAUUGCUGCCACCUGGGAGUAGUGGGAGUCUGAGCGCAGGACGUAUUUUUGUGUAUUUGCAUUUUCUGUAUGCACUAUUUUUUAUGACUAAACGUCCUUCUGUUUUUGCCUAAAUUCUAUUCCUAAUACAUUUAAGCCUUAAUUGAACACAUCAGUGUUAUGAAUAAAUAGUCUUUAUAUGGGCAGAAAAGCUGUUGAAAGCAUGUCUAAUUAUGGUCUUAGGCUGCACUUUAUCUCUGAUGUCGAUUGAAAAGAGACAUCCAAUAUCAAAUCCAGUAUGGCUGGGUAGGCUCCCAAAAUCAGGACUGUGUUGUUAAAUCUGAGACAGAUGGACAGACAUUCUCAAUAUUAGGUUUUGGACUAAUCAUUGAUUGUAAUUAAAGCAUUCUUUAUUUUUUUUUACUGACAUCUGGGGGAAGAUUUAUUAAAGUGACAUUUCAUUGCCCAAAUACAAACAAAAUCACUGUUUUGCAGAUUUAACGCAAAUAAAAACAUGCAUGCAUUGUUAAGCUGGAGGUGUAAAAGCUACAGAUCUUUUGUCUGAAGACUUUGCAAGCCCUCCCUUUCAACUUCGCCCAGACGUUCUGUAGCUAUCCAAUCACAGACUUCCCAAUGCAGCUCAAUGAGAAGGCAGGUGCUCUGAGCAAUUGUCUAUAUCUUGAGUUUAGCUCCACUGAACUUAAGAACCGGUAAGUGACAGGACUGGUUGUCUGAUUGACAGCCAGGUGGUGUAACGAGGUGAAAUCUGCACUUUUUGUAAAAUGAAAAAAAGAGGACACACUCUUCACACAUGAAGCACUUCAGCAAGUUAAAAUGCAUUAGGGGUCCGCUGUGCCCCAUUAAGGGGCGAUUUGAUAAGUGGUGCAAACAUUUUAAAAGUGGAGCACUCACCAGUGGAAUAUUAUUAUUUUCCUUUAUGGGAAAUGCCACACUUUUAAAACAAACUGCACCACUUUUCAGAUCAUAACACUUAUAUAAAUAUAUUCCUUUUGUGUUUAUGUGAAAUGAGUUUAAAAAAAAUAAAAAAAUAUUUGUACAUCUGACCAUACCUGAUCAGUCUUCUAACUGGAACAAAAUCGUCAAGUGGAAAUUAAAAAAUAAGUGCUUUCCUUGGGCGCAUAUAAUAAAUUCCAAAAUUGUCUUGUGUAUUCUAGCAUAAGGCAAGAAGACAAGACAAGUGCAUGGUGUAUCUACCAUUAGUUGAUUGAGUUUAGUCUGGCUUUGAGUUGGAGUCUCUACCCUCUAAGAUGCUUUCUAAAGAAAUGUAGAAUCACAAGAAAAGGAGGAGAAAGCACAGCAUUGCCAUAGUGUUGUUUUUAUUUAUGAUUACACUAUUGGUUUUCUCUUUUUGCAGUCUUAUUUAUACUUUUUAAAUACACAUAUUAAAGUAGAUAUUAUAGGCUCUGUUUUCACCUUUUUUAUUAAAUAGAAAUAAUAAAUUUUUCUUACUUGGGAACGCUUUUCCUCCAUCUUUUUUUUCAUAUCCAGAAACUAAACUUGUUUGAUGAAGAACAUGAAAUCUAACCAUUGAAAUGGAGAAAGAUUUUUUUGGUUCAAUGUCUCCUCUGCCAGUUCUCCCGCGCCCAUUACGAACUGCCCGUCGUAUUAAAAUACAUAAGAAUAACAUUCCCUCAACUCGAUUUCCUCGCGGAUGAGCCAAGUAAUGUCUGUGAAUACAGAUGUAAUUGGAUAUACAUUUGUACUCGGUUCAAUUGAUCUUAUUAAGUCCAUAUACUUAUGAUGUGUAAGAGCAUAUAAAUAACAGAGCCAGACAACGCUUGCUGAUUCUCGUAAUCUUUAUGGUUGCAGACAGUCACACUACUUCUACUUUGUGAGCUUAAAUAUGCAGAAAUGUUCAUGGCUUAGUACUAAAUUAAAAGUAACUGUGCUGAAAUUUUAAUGGUAGUUAUUAAGAAUUUCACUUAAUGUGGAGACACCCUUAUUGCAUACUGUACGUCUAAGGUAUGUGUGUGUAUAAAUAUAUUAUAGAUUUAGGUAUAUGUCAACCUAUAUAUAGAUCUAUAAAUAUAUCUACCGUGUGUGUGUACACACACACACACACACACAUAUAGAUAAUAUAUGCAAUUCAUCUCCAGAUUUUUUUAUAUCCUGAGUUCCAGAUUUAAUUGGGAUAUUAUAUUCUGUUUGACCUAGAAAGGGAUAUAGAAAAGGAGCUGUACAGCCAAGUCAGUCUUUUGUCCAGAAUCUCCAUACUUAUAAAGUAUUGUUCUUAGAAUUUUAUCCAGGUCCCACUAACAAGGCAAGAAUUCAAGAAUAUCUCCACAUUCGUGCAGGUUCGUUUACUCACCUGCUUUACAACAUUAAUAUCAUCAAAGUCCGUCCCGUUCGUGGAUUAUAAGAACACUAGUAUAAAUGAGUGGAAUUUCAAUGAUCCAUCAUAAGUAAGCGCUAAGGAAUCUGUUGGCACUGUAUAAAUGGCAAUAAUAAUAAUAGUUCUACUUAGGGGCUAGUCAAUUGUGGUAAUACUGGUUCCAAUUAAUAUUUGGUGCCAAAUCAUUCAUUUGGAAGACCUGUUAUAUCUGGGUCGAUUAUUAAUCAGCUUCCCUGAGAUUGUUUGGUCGUGAGAAUCUGAUCAUUCACCUACAUGCCUUGAAAAUUGCACACAAACACUGCAGACCUCUGCCCAUCCCUUCAGAUUGUCAGGAUAUUGGAAUAAACAGGCAAUUUAUAUAGUCUAUAAUAUCCAAUAAUAUUGAUUUAGUUAAAUAUUUAGUAUUAUUAAGUAAUUCAGAUUUUUGAUAAAUUAACGUGAACUGAUUUUAAAUCCAUUUGUCUUGUGCAAAAAUCCAAGUAACUAAUUUAUAAACAUAAAUAUUGGGACUUCAAAAAUAUUUUUCUUAAAACCCCAUUUGUCUUUGCCUCAUGAUUGUACACAUCAGUUUUUACAUACAAUGAAUUAUUGGAUGACCUCUCCUCCCAAUAUGGAAGAAAUAUUCAGAUUAUUGCAUUUGACAGCACUUUUAUCAAUGCAAUGUAUAGAUCAUUUAUUUAUUUUUACUCAAAGAAUACCUAUACUAUGGUGCGAGUUAUCUGCUUGCAGGUCAUAAAUAUUCUCUCUCUUUUUGAGUGUCAGAUGUAAUCUUCUGUUUUAUAUAACUUAGAUAUACAGAAAGCCUCCCAACAUGCAUGAAAUGCUUGUCAAUAACCUUUUAAUUGUGAGGUUUUUUUAUUUUUUUUGUUUGUUUUUUUUAAGGGCGAUAUUUUUUUUUUCUCUUGUCAUAUUAAGAAAGAUGUUGAAAAAAUAGUUUCUGAGGUGCUGUAGUAGAGAUCUGUGUAACGCUCGUUGCCUUGGUAUUAUUUGAACAUAGACUCGUUUCUUGGCAACAAGAUACUUCCCAAAAUAGUUGCGUCUCGGCCUUUUCUGAAGCUGCCUUCUUUUUGAACUGAAGAUGUGAGCAGUGUGAUCUGAUUUCAGAAUGUAGGAAAGAGAGCUGUACUGCAUUGCAACCCGCUUCUUUUUGUUUAAGAAAUUAAAAAGACAGAGUUGCAUUGUAUUACUCUAUUUCAGGGGUUCCCAAUUAAUUUUUACAGUGGAACCCUUUGACAUAGUGUAUUAACAUUGUGGAACCCCCCUGUUUUUUUGUAUGUGCCGAUAUAUGUGUCAAGGUGUGUGUAUCUGUGUGUUUAUCUGUGUUUGUGUGUGUGUGUGUGUAUGUAUCUGAAACAUAGAUACACACAGUGGCACACAGUGUGUAUAUAUGUGUGUGUGUAUCUAAAAACCAACAAAUUAGAGUGGUGCAAAUAAUUAUAAAAACAAGUGUUACCACCAAAGGCAAACUCAGAGCAAUUGUGUAUAAAGGCAGCAACCUACAAGGGCCUCUGAUAUAUUAAACCCCCAAAGCAAAGAAUCCCCUUAAAAAGUGCAGGAGAAGUAACAAAGUAUCUGGAAUACCCAAAGAUAUACACAUGAAUAUCUAUUACUGUAGUGAGCAAACAGUUCUAUCAAUAUCACACUGUGAAAGAGUAUAGAGGACAAAACUGUAUACUUGCACUCUCCUUAUGAAGCAGGUCUCAGAAAUCUAUAAUACAUAGACACAGACUUAGUGCAAUAUAGCCAGAAUACAGUACAAAAUGUGGUGCUCUAAAGGAACUACACUCACAAUUGUGGGGUGGUUAUAGUACCACUCCAGACUAUCCGGCCCAGGGAGGAUCAGACCCUAGAGAUCGUUAGAUCCAUAACACAGGUUUUCAGAUGAACUCUCCACCAAUCGGAAGCUUCAAGUAAAAGGCAUUAUUGAUCACCAAUUCAAAUAGUGUAAAAAAGAUAAAAUGUCACUGCACUCGGAGCACUUAGAGCAAACCAACGACCUGGUUACAGUACAAGUGUCCUCUCUGUAUCCUUCAGUUGGUCUCCAUCUCUCCACAUGUGCAGGAAGUUCCGCGUUCGGCGUGUAGCUAUGAGUUUUCCCACGGCAUCCUUUUGUAUGUUGCAAUUGUGAUGGAUCGCAACCUUAUGCUACAUCAAAAGUGUUUGAAAAAGUCUUCAAAAUACAUACAUACUCAUCUCAAUAGUCCUCAUGAUAAAAAAAUAUAAGGAAAGAAAAUAAAAAAGUUAUUGCAAUAUUAUUAUUAUUAUUAUUAUUGCCAUUUAUAUAGCGCCAACGGAUUCCGUAGCGCUUUACAAUAUUUUGAGAGGGGGGGGUGUAACAAUAAAUAGGACAAUUACAAGAAAACUUACAGGAACAAUAGGUUGAAGAGGACCCUGCUCAAACGAGCUUACAGACUAUUGGAGGUGGGGUAUUUGAAACAUUAGGACAAUAAAUAUCAAGUAGGAGUGAAGCAGAGCUGGAGGAGAGAGCAAAGCACUGUCCCAUAGGAGAGAGCAGGAGACAGGUAUGUAAGGUAGAGAUUACUCUGGGAGGCCAUAAGCUUUCCUGAAGAGAUGGGUUUUAAGGCCCUUCUUAAAUGAUUGAAGACUAGGGGAGAGUCUGAUGGCAGUAGGCAAGCUAUUCCAUAGGAGAGGAGCCGCCCGCGAGAGGUCCUGCAAGCGCGAGUUGGCCGUACGGGUGCGAGCAGCGGUCAGGAGGUGGUCACGGGCAGAGCGGAGGGUACGUGGAGGGGCAUAUUUAUGGAUCAGUGAAGAGAUAUAAGCGGGGCUAGAACUGUUCAGUGCUUUAAAUGUAUGGGUUAGCACUUUGAAUUGACUCCUAUAGCAUACAGGGAGCCAAUGUAAGGACCGGCAGAGGGGUGAGGUGUGAGAGGACCGACUAGAGAGGAAAAUCAGUCUAGCUGCAGCAUUCAUUACAGACUGUAGCGGGGCAAUACGGCUUUUGGGGAGACCAAUCAGGAGAGGGUUACAGUAAUCCAUGUGGGAAAUUACUAGAGCAUGGACAAGCUCCUUGGUAGCAUCUUGCGUAAGAAAGGGGCGAAUGCGGGCUAUGUUUUUUAGUUGGAACCUACAGGACUUGGCAACAAACUGGAUGUGAGACUCGAAGGUGAGACCAGAGUCAAGUAUGACGCCAAGACAGCGCGCUUGCAGGGAUGGACUUAUGUGGAUAUCAUUGACUUGAAGGGAGAGCGAGAGAGGAGGAUCAGUAUUAGGAGGAGGAAAGACAAGGAGUUCAGUUUUAGAGAGGUUAAGUUUCAGAAAGCGUGAAGACAUCCAGUCAGAGAUGGAAGAAAGGCAAGCAGUGACACGUUGCAGGACAGCAGGGGAGAGGUCCGGGGAGGAGAGGUAUAUCUGAGUGUCAUCAGCGUACAGGUGGUAGUGGAAUCCAAAAGAGGCAAUCAGUUUACCAAGAGAGGCGGUAUAAAGAGAAAAUAGAAGGGGACCAAGGACAGACCCUUGGGGAACUCCAACCGAGACAGGACGAGUGGAGGAGGUAUCCUUGGAAAAGGAGACACUGAAUGAGCGUUGGGAGAGAUAGGAGGAAAACCAAGAGAGGACCGAGUCACAGAGACCGAGCGAUUGAAGAGUUUGAAGGAGGAGAGCAUGAUCAACGGUGUCAAAGGCAGCAGAGAGGUCUCUUAUAUACAAUAUACAUGUUCAACAAAGUACAUAGAUAAUCAGAUCAUUUUUAUAAAGAUAAUUCCAAUGUGCUUGUGUAGUUCAUCAUAUGUGAAGUGAAGAUAAUAAUAAAGACUUAUUAGACAGACGUGUAUAAGUUCUGACUCCCAGAGACACCCAAAAUGGCCGAUAUUUGGCUCUCGUUUGUGAGGCCUACUCCACCGGCUCCCGACAAGAUGGCGCCUGAGGCACACAGCGAGGAGGAGGCAUCAGAGGACUCCCACGAUGACAGAGAGAGUCUUACCUCACCUCCAGAUGAAGUUGGGGCCCUCUGCCACAAGUCAGAUUCAGAUGUAGACUCAUCCCCAGCAACGAAGAGGGACAUAAGAGAUCUCUUAACAGAAAUGAGGGAAGUGUGGAAAGCGGAUCUGCUGAGCACUCAGAAGGAGGUGGUGGAUCUCCAACAGCGGCUUACAGCAGUGGAAACACGCAAGAGAGCACAAACUACAACACUCCCAAGACAAAAUGCAGGAUCUUACCUCACAGGUCCAAAAACUCACUCGGACUGUCACAACACUGGAGGCACAGCAUAGAAGUCGGAAUAUCUGCCUCUGAGGAAUAUCAUAAAGCAUUGGUGAGGAUGCCUUACUGCCCUACAAUCAACACCUAUUGUCCGUAAUGGGCAUUAAAUGGGGCACCGAGCCAAGCAUGAUACCCUCUGCGUUCAGAAUUCAUAAAGCUGCAACAGCUCCAGGAGACACACCCAGAGACACUAUAGCAGUCACCAGGGAUGUGGCAACCCGUUUCGCUAUCAUGUCCCGCUCCAGAGCCCUGGGCUCAGUACAAAUGGAAGGAAACACUGUGGCCAUAUACGGCGUUCUCCCUUUCGCAGCUCUUGUGGAAAGGAGACAGCUGGCACCAUUAGCCAAACAACUACAGGAUGCAGGAGUCCGAUACCGUUGGGGUGCACAUGGAUACCUGGCGGUACCGCGGGGAGACCAGACACUUACCUUGUCCUCCACAGACGACCAAACGCUAUUCUUCUGGCAGCUGAACUUAAACAACGCAGACAAAGGAGAAACCAGUGAUGUAGGAGCUCAGACAAAAGCAACCUAGGACCGAAUAAAGGCUUAUCUGUGCUGGCAUUGACACAAUGACACUCAUAGGCUCUCUUAUAUAGCAGCCGCACUCUUCCUCAUGGCCAGACGCAGCCGUAAACCUAACACGCAAGAACAAUCAGAAGUAGCGCAAUUGCUACAAACGCUAUGAUCCUCCUAAUACUACAAUGUUAUUGCCUACACAUUCAUCAGUUAUUGUUUAAUGGUUUUAAUGUCAUAUGUUCAUAGUAGCUCUAAUCUCACAUAACUACUUCAGAGCCAACAUUGCAGCCUCUAACAGAUUGUUAUUGCUAUUGAUGUAUCAUUAUUACUUUUAUACCACGACAACGCUGUAUUUUGAGUAUUUAAACUCUAAUAAAAUACAAAUUACAAAAAAUAAAAUAAAUAAAAAUAUUAAAAAUGUAUUUAAAAAAAUUACAAAAGUGGGGCAUAUCUUCUAAACCAUUAAUAUAAAAAAUACCACUAUUGGUUCACACAUUUUCUUGUCUAUAAAAAAUAAUUAAUUAUAAAUACACCAUAAUAAUUAAUAGGGUCCUUGAGGAGAAAAUAAAAACAAGAAUCCUUAUAGAAAAUUAAACAAAUCAAAAUCUAUAUUCAAGACUAUAUCUUCAUAGCCCAGGAAUACCUGACAAUCCUACGGGACUCAAACAUCUGACUCAUUGACCUCACAGACCAUGCCUCGGUGUCUGUAAAUACGAGUUCCCCACUCAGUAAACCCGGUAAACGCCACUGGAAACUGAACGAAAGCCUGUUGAAUGACGUAGGGUUCACAGACAAAGCCGCCCAAACACUCCGACAAUUCUUUGACACAAAUGACACACCCGACAUGAACCCACUGACUCGAUGGGAAGCUCACAAAUGUGUCAUACGCGGACACUUUAUCACAGAAUGCACCCAACGCAAAAGGGGCAGGACACAACACAUGACCGAACUGACAAAACGCAUAGCUAAACUAGAACAGGACCACAAAUGCACAUUAGACGACACCACAUACCUACAACUCGCGGAGGCACAUAGAGAGCUCAGUAGAAUCCUUUCCAAAGGGCUCUAUCUCACCUUCAGGAAGUCAGCCAGAUUCUCCUACGAACACUCGAACAAAAGUGGUCGCUUGCUGGCCCGAAUGCUGAAGGAAAAGAGGAGGAGGCCUCACAUCCAUAAGAUUCGGACCAGGGGUCAAGACAUCACUAGGCUCCCGGAGGGCAUCCAAGACGCCUUUCGCGAAUAUUACACCAACUUAUACGACCAAACACAAGAUAGGAGAGGUGCAGCUGCCCAACGACACUUACUACGCAUCACGGACUACCUAGACCGACACAUAGCCCGCACAAUACCCACGGAGUCAGCGACCGAACUGGAACAACCCCUGACGCUUGAGGAACUAGCAGCAGCCCUGAAACAGUCCAAACCCCACAAGGCCCCAGGCCCCGACGGCCUCCCAUUAACAUACAUAACCACCUUUAAAGACAUUCUGCUGCCGAGAAUCCUCACAGGCCUCAACUCGAUAAGCUCAGGCGGACGGUUCCCUUCUGACACUCACUGCGACUGUGACGGUCAUACCUAAGGAGGGUAAGGACCCGACCUGUUGCUCAAGCUACCGACCAAUAUCGCUCCUGAACGCAGACUUAAAGCUCUUCACGAAGGCACUAGCUCAUGCGGAUCCUCCCAGACCUGGUCCACCCCGACUAGGUCGGAUUCUUACCAGGUCGUGAAGCGAGAGACAAUACCAUAAGGGCCCUUAAUGUCAUCCAUCAUUCGAAGCACGCCGGGAAGGACGUGAUACUCCUUUCCACUGACGCUGUAAUGGCUUUCGACCGAGUGGACUGGACUUUCCUAGCGGAAACCCUACAGCACAUGGGCUUUGGCCCUACCCUGCGGGCCAGGUUGCGGCGCUAUAUACCACCCCAACAGCACGCAUACGCGUCAAUGGCGCCCUAACAAAAACUUUCCCCAUCCACAGUGGCACCAGACAGGGAUGCCUCCUAUCCUCCCUCCUGUUUGCCCUCUCUCUCUAGCCUUUUCUUGAGGCGGUCAGACGAGACGGGGGAAUCAUGGGGCUCCGCAUGGGGGAGGUUGAACAUCGAGUGACCGCCUAUGUGGAUGAUAUGCUAUUUUUCCUAGAGCAGCCGAGAACCUCCAUUCCAAAUCUCCUAGAAGCCUUCCGGAAGUAUAACUUGGUGUCUAAGCUCAAACUCAACUUGAGCAAAUCUGAAGCUAUGCCAGUCUCGAGAGUCCCCAAACAUCUACACCAGCUCAUCUCGCAACUCCCAUUCAAACUCUGUGUGAACAAACUUCGAUACCUCGGAGUCUGGCUGCCGGCGAUCUCACACUCCUAUACCGAACAAAUUACCUCCCAAUCCUAUCGAAGCAACGCUCCGCGUGUGGUGCUCCAUACGAUUUACCAGACAACUGACGACGUCACCUAACCCGCUCACCCCCAUCACACAUAACCCCACCGCCCUGAAGAGUUUCCGAGCCUCAGACUGGGAAUACAUGCACAAGUGGAGCACCACACACACACUCAAACCAAUAGCAGAUUUGCUCGUGCAACAAAGAGCGACACAGCUAGACAAAUUCACCAGAUCAGGAACUACUACUCGACUAUCAGAGGUAAGGGUCACCUGCACAGGCCAUUGACAUACAUGGAACACACAUGCACGACCAGACAACACCUCCAACACAGGGUGUCACUACUAUACACCACACUAAUGUCCAAUGACGGAAGGCCCCCAUUGGGAUUCACAACAAAAUGGGAACGGGACACGGAGAUCACACUCACUGACCAGGAAUGGGAUAAAAUCUUCCUACUAACACACAGGGGAUCCAUUUCCUCAAAAUACCAGGAAACCAACUACAAACUACUGACGCAUUGGUACAGGACCCCAGACACCCUUCAACAUAUCCACAAAUCAAUCUCUGGUAACUGCUGGAAAUGUGAGAGAGACAUCGGCACCUGAAUACAUAUCUGGUGGACAUGCCCACUCAUAGCUCCCUACUGGCAGAUGAUUAACAGUAAGAUCAAAGAAAUCACUGACACAGACUUACCCCUCCGGCCACUGACGAUGCUCCUUAACCACACGACACUCCCCACGGCAAUCUACAAGAAAAGCCUAACGAUACAUCUACUCACAGCAGCAAAAUCCCUAAUCCCGAUACACUGGAAACACACAGUUGCACCUACCUUCCAGCAAUGGAUAACCAGAGUAGAAGAUAUUUGCAACAUGGAAAUAAUGAUGGCCCCCCUGCAGGGCCGUUCCGACAAAUGUGCUCAGACCUGGUACGCGUGUAUGGAGUUCAUCUCUAGGGGGCCAGGGGUGGACCCGAGGCUUCGUAGCAACCCUAACUGACUCACCCCGCUACCAGUCAUCUUUACUAUCCAACUGGACUACCGAAUCCAACCCCUCCACCCUAACACCACAAGUUACCCCUAAGAUACGGAAGCACAAAACACACCACACUAGAGGGAACAAUGCUACAAUCAUACGACCAAGGCACCCAACACAGCCUCAAAUAAAGCUACAAACCCAGGAUUACACGGCCCGCGAUACCCAACCAUCCCAUGGGACACAUGUUCUAGUAUAGACACCCACGAACUCACACCCACAAGCAGAAGCCCAGCAGGCACGGGGACAUGGGACGGGAGGUCGAGAGCCGACCAAUCCCAUCAAACUCUAGAAGGAAAUAAUACCAAACACUACAAACUCUAACAACCGACGCUACAAACACCCUAAAACUAGUAGAUGUAGGAACACGUUCUCACGCACUUAGACUGUGAUAGCCUACAAAAGUCGAGUAAAGACCACUGGGAUAACCAACAUCCUAAUAGAUAUUGGUCUUCAAUUCAGCAAACAAACUAGACAGAGCAGCUACUCUCAGGUACGUGGCAAUAUCACUAGCUUACGAAUAACCAAUAAGUACUGUGCACCGACAAAUAGCUACAGUUAGCGAGAAGAAUAAUGUCAAGUAAGCACGAAUGGAAACUGAGAAAGAAGGCGCCCAAGUUACGAUUGCCUGUAAACAGCCACCUAAAUGAUACCACACAACCUGUUCUCAUGUUCAAGUUAUGACAAAGGCCUGCGUGCCUCACAUUAUGUUCUCUUCUGAACAAUGUAUUUAAUGCAGAAACCUUAAUAAAAACAGAUUUACACAAAAAUCUAUAUUCAGGCUGGCAGGGGUUAAAGUAUCCAAGUGAAAAACCCACUUAAUUUCUCCUUGGCCAAUUUUCUUAAUAAAGUCCCCCCCUCUCCAAUCCUUGAAAAGUCCUUAAUUCCUACAAAAACUAAGCCUGUGGGGUCUCUGUUAUACACUUGUCUGAAGUGAUCAGAAACACUGUGACUGAUUACUCCUUUACGUAUAUUAUAUACAUGUCUUGUUCUGCCAAUAUACUGUAGUUUACACGGACAUUGUAACAGGUAAAUAACAUUAUUGCUGUGACACGUAAUGUGUUCUCUAAUGGUACAUUUUUGUCCUCUCUGAUCGAAAAUUGUGAUGGAUGCGUUCCAUUCCCCACUUGUUGUGUAUUUUUCCAACCUAAACACAUUUUACAUAUGUAAAAUCCAGUCACUUCCCAAAAGCAGUUGUUCAUAACUCGCUUUGGUUUUUCUCUUAAAUAGCUAUUGACCAAAAAAUUUUUUAAAUUAGGUGCCCCUCUAAGUGGUUUCUCUGGUAGUAUUUCCCAGAAGUCUCUAUCCGUUUCAAGAAUUGCCCAAAAUGUAUUUAUUAUGCGUUUUAUUGAUUUAUGCUCCGUGUUCUAAUCAAAGACUAAAACGUCACUAGGGGUUAUUUGAACCCGAGAGUGAUCUUUAUAUAGCAGUUCUACUUGUAUUUUAUCGUUAACCUCAUCCCAAGCCCUUCCCAAGAUGUCUUAUGGAUAUUCCUUUUCUCAAAAUGUACCCAGUAGUUCUUGGGCUUGUGUUAAAAAUAUAUUUUCUUCCGUGCAAUUCCGCCUUAGUCUGAGAAGUUGUCCCUUCAGGAUGUUAUUGAGCCAUGGUGAAUAGUGUCCACUGCCAUACAUAACAUAACCAUUAGUAUCAGCCUACUUAGUUUUCAGGGAUCCCCCCUCCACAUAAAUUUUGAAAUCUAAAAAAAUCUAUUUCCAUGGGACUUAUAUUACUGGUCAGUUGUAUGCCCCAAUCAUUGCUAUUAAAAAUCUUUAAAACUGUCCUCAUUGCCAUCCCAAAUAAAAAACAUAUCGUCUAUAUAACGGCGAUAGACAAGUACAUGUGUUCCCCAGCCAUGGUCACCAUAAAUGAAAGUCUCCUCCCAAUGUGCCACACAGAUACACACACACUGGCACAUAGUGGCACACAGAUACACACACUGACAUACAGAUACACACACUCAGAUACACAUACCCAUACUCAGAUGCACAUAGUGACACAUACACACAUGUUGACUCACAAAUACACACACACUCAGAUACACACAUUGACACAUACACACACUGACAUACAGUGAUCUUCCUGCUCAACUCCCUUGCGCACCUCUUAGUGAUACCGGAGCCGAAGAGACGUCAUAUUCCGGCUCCGGCAUCACUGCUGUGUGUGCCGCGAUAAUGGCUGCCGCGAUAAUUGAUGCGGGCGCCGAGGGAGUACUCUCCCCUGCUCAGCUCCCUCACCACAUGCCUCAAUUGUCGUGGUGGCUAUUUUGUUAACAGAAAUUUUGGCAGAACCCCAUUUGUGUUCUCGCGGAACCCCAAUUGGGAAACGCUGCUCUAUUUACUUAAUAACAAGAACAUGCCCACCAUCUGGUGUCAGAGCCUCUAUCAUGUAGGUUUUACUGUUCCCGAUGUCUCCUGCAUGUCUACUAUUCUCAAGGAGUGAAGAUUUUGACUUUGCCUUUGAUUAAAGGUGAUAAUUUAAUAAAUGUUCACCGGUUCUUAGAACUGGGUAUCACUGGUUUUCAUUAUUCAACACACACUGGCUUUUCAUCAAGGGCUUAGUCCAAGGAAAGGGUUAAUUCAAAUGUGUUUUGAUCCUAUAGGUCCUGAGAUUAUGGAAACCUGAAAUUACAGCCGAGCGAAAAUUUAUUCAUUUUUUAGUUGCAAGCUAUUCCAAACAUGUCUUAAGUGUUUGCCCCAUCCUGGACUUUUUAUGAUCUUCAAGAGAGACCACAUGUUCAAAUAUACAUACAUAUACAUAUAUAUAUAUAUAUAUAUAUAUAUAUAUACACACACACUUUUUUGUAAUGCAUAUAAUUAAAUAAUAUAAAAAUAUGCAUUUACUACAAUUGGUUACUGUGGUUAUUUUUAUCAUUUAAGUGCUUGACAUUGUCCAAUCAAAUGCUAGAGUAAGCACUUAGAUUGUAGCAGCAGGGAUCAUAGUCCAAAACAAUCCCUGAAGUUCUGCAUUAGUACAUAUAUUAAUGUUUUAAUUAUGUUACAUCAUUUUUUUGUUUUUCUAUAAAAUGUGUACGUGUGUAAAACUUCAGAAAUGUUUUCAGCAAAUUAAAGGAACAGUUUAGUGUUAGGAAUACAAAUAUGUAUUCCUAUCGUGUUCCUCUGCCCCCAUGGCCCCCUCCCAGCAUUGUAAAUGGUUAAAUAUCCCUUAAUUUGUGUACCGGAUUCCAGCGCUGAGGUCCUUCGGCACUGGAUCGUUGUCUGUCUCCUCCGACAUCAUACGAUUGGGUGGACCUAAUGUAGCAAGCAUAGCGUGUACGUUAGGCCUUCUCCACGGGAAAACAUUUUCUCAAUGCUUUCCUGUAAGGUUUUCUCUGAUGCUGGACAUUCUCCUCCAAUCACUGUCCGCCUCCUCCUCACAUGUCAUCUGAUUGGAGGGACCUAAUGUGCAUGCGCAGUGAGCAUUGCGUGCACAUUAAGCCAUCCCCAUAGGAAAGCUUUGCCUCAAUGCUUUUCUAUGGGGUUUUCUCUGAAGCUGGAUGUCCUCAUGGAGAGCGUGAGAAUGUCCAGCGUCAUUUCACGGAGUCAAACUUCAGGAAGCUCCCCUCGUGGCUGUAGAUAGCCACUAAAGGUAGUCAAGUCUAAAACGGCAAUGUUUUACAUGCAGGACUAAAGGGGGCAGAGACACUGCACCCAGACCACUUUAAUCAGAUGAAGUGGUCUUGUUGCCUAUAUUAUCUCUUUAAGUGCAGAAUACAAAAUAAGAGAGAUUUCUGAUUGCUAUUGUGUAUAUAUUUGUUUCUUAAUUAACUGUUUAGUAAUUUGUAUUUAUUUUUUUUGCAGAGAAAAUAGAGUUUGGUAUUAUUCAUUGAACCGUGAUUUGUAACAAAUAGACAAGGGAACUGCACAAUAGCAAAGUUGCAAAAAUUCUCAGUCAUCUCUUUUCCCUUUGACUAGUUUUACCUAGACUCGCAGUAUUCUUGUCAACUCUCCACAAUUCCCAAGUUCGUAAAUAAUUCCAUUGAUUAGUUUGUCCCAUUGUCCAAUAGCCGAGAACAGCAGAUAUAUUUCCAUUUGGACUAGUCGUGUUGGAGGCGUCAUACAUUUUUUUAUCACAAAACAGUGGGGGAUAUUUAUCAAAGCGUUUAAAAAAAAAAAUAUGAUCAAAAUAAAGAUGGAAUUAACCUGUCAUUUUUUUUUUGAAGUGUUUAAAAAAGUGAUGGUUUUCUUUAUAGUAAAUUCCAACAGUUCUCGCAGAAAUUCCCAUUGUAGAAAAACGGCGAUUUACAAUGACAGGAAAAAGAAACGUGAAACAGCACUUUACUGUCUAAAAAGGUGGAAGAAAAAAAUCAAAACUCAAUUCAAUUGUUAAAAAAAAAAAUGUUUAUUCACAAACUAUGGUUUAAGCGCAAAAAAAACCAACAGAUAAAAACAUCUGGCAGAUUUAAUACAUUUUAACAAACAUUUUUCCCGCAAAUUAGACAAAAAAGUGUUGGUGACACUUUGAUAAAUCUCACCAACCAGUUGACAACCAGCCAUCAAAUUUUAGAUAAAAUAUCCAACUUUUGUAAAAUCUACAACUUCUAAGAGUCAGAAUUAAAAAAUAUUUUUUUUUUUUACACCUUCCAAGUUUGUUAACAGCAGGACAGCUCACUAUACAGCAAAUAAAACCCAGGUUCAUCUAAGAAAGCUCAGAACCUUCCUUUUUGCAUUUAUCUACGGCAUGAUCUGGAGUUUGAGGUUUGGGAUUUAAGGUCUGCUUGACCUGCUAUAUUCAGUGCUAUUUAGCAGUUUAAACAUCUCUGUCUGGGAUGUAGGAGUCGACCUGACAGUCACAUCAGUGAUAUGAGGUUUGAGAGUGAAGUGAUCUGGAAAAUCACUCCAGUCUUAAAGAAAAAAAAAUGUCAGAUGUCCUUGAAUGUUUGUUGGUUCAGUGACGCCUCUUACUGUGAUAAAGCAAAACCGAAUUAUUUAGAAAAAUGGCUUUAGUUAUUUAUAAUAAAAUGUUAUUUAAUGACCAGCAAGGAGGUUAAUUAAAGAAAGGUCUAAUAUUAGUAGAUAAGAUGAACAAAUGCAUAUUUCAUUACAUUCUAUUCUUAACUUCAACAGUUAUCAGAGACGUAUGUGUCAGAUUGAAUUUAAUUAGGAUAAUUAGAGCAAGCGGUGUAUUAAAAGCGACAUCAGUUUCUGUAUACAGUGGAAUUUGAUUGAGUUUGUAAUGCCCUUUAAACUUUUCUCACAAGCAAGGCUAUUAUUUCCUUUUAUUUUAUCUACGGUAUUCUGCAGUCAGCCUUUUUGAUAUUGUGCAGAGCUGUGGAGCACACGGGUGUUUUUUUUUUUUUAUAUAUAUAUAUAUAUAUAUAUAUAUAUAUAUAUAUAUAUAUAUAUAUUUAUUUAAUACAAAGCAAGUAAUUAAAUUAAUUAAACAAAAAUCUGCUCACCAGUCAAGCCAUAAGACUUGCUUUUCCCACAGAAAUCACAAAUUUGCAGUGAUGUUACUACUGCAAAGGAUUCUGGGUGGGCAUAUGCAAAUUAGUUAAACAAAGAAUCAAAUUUUUGCCUCAUUCCAUUUUAAACAUGGAUUCCUUUGAGUUUGUGUUUGCUGUAUACAACAGCUUUCAAACACAACUUAGGAAAAUAUGCAAAGCCAGUGAACCACCAUUGUUAAUGCAAAUGAUCAGCAUAAGGUUGGUUACUGGUUUGCUAUUGAGGCUUGGUAGUGCUUCGGAAGCAAAAACCAAAUAGGUUAUGGUGGGGAAAAAAUUGUGAUUGAAAACCCCUUCCACCUGAAGUCUGUGGAUAGUUAAUACAAUGUUAAACCAAAAUCUGUUCACCAGUCAAGCCAUAAGACAGACAGGGAUUGUACUUGUAAAGUAAAAUCUUCAUAAUUAUAGUGUUACUUUAAGCAUCAUAACCAUUACAGCACUGGCUCUCCUUAAACAGGACAGCAUAUGCUUUUCAAGUUCCCAUUUGUAUCACAGAUUCCCAUUAAAGGAAUGAUUUAGGGACAGGAACACUAACAUGUAUUCCUGACCCUGUAGUGUUAAAACCACCAUCUAGCCCCCCCACUGGCCCGGUUUGCUCUUUAAAUAUUGUAACUAGUAUUCAAGUCUGCAGCUGCUGCCUCUGCCCCAGUUCUGCCUGCUUGACUGACUACAUCAGAAGUAGUGGUCUGAACCAAUCACAAUGCUUCCCCAUAGGAUUGGCUGAGACUGUCAAGAAGGCAGAUCAGGGAUAGAGCCAGCACAAGUCAAACACAGCCCUGGCCAAUUAUCAUCUCCUCAUAGAGAUGCAUUGAAUUAAUGCAUCCCAAUGAGGAAAGUUCAGUGGCUCUAUAGAGAGAGUGGAGACCGUGAAUGUCAGUACUGCACAGUGUGCAGCACUGCCCCAGCAAGCAACUCUAGUAGCCAUCUAAGGAGUGGCCACUGGUGUUAUGACUAGGCUGUAAUGUAAACACUGCAUUUUCUCUGCAAAAAGCCUGAAGGGAAUGAUUCUAGUCACCAGAACAAAUGCAAUAAGAUGUAGUUGUUCUGGUGUCUAUAGUGUCCUUUUAACUAAAGCUUUGACAGUAAAUUCGUCCCCAGACCAAGAAUUGACUAAAACCUCACAGCCAAUCCUGGUCCUCUGAUUGCUUUUAAUGGUAGUGCUAAGCAGGCACUCUUAUGGAAACCUAAGACACAAACCUUUUAGGACUGGAAAUGUCAAAGAGAGCAUUGGAUAAGCACUGCCCACCCUUAAAUAUACAAACCUGGUAUUCUAUCCAUAACCUGAUCGAGGUGCCUUUUGUUUUGUACAGUCUGGGAAAUUUAUAAGGAACAGUUUUUAAGUAUCGUCCAGCUACAGUGUAAGAAAUACAAACAUGUAUUCCUAACUCUGGGAUAUAUAUUUAGGUCCCUGGCCCCCCUCAGAUUUGAGUAAACGAGUAUUAAACUUACCUUUUCCCCAUUGCUGCACCAGUUCCCGCGCUGCUGGCCACACUUCCUUGGCUGAGAUAAUCAAUCAUUACGAUCUUUUUCAAUCCAAUUCCCAUAGAAGAGCAUUGUGAGGCUAUUGCCCAUGCGUGGCAAAAUGCUGCACUGCACCAAUCAUCAUGGAGACUCUGAACGUAGGUGCUGCCUGAGAUAUGAAACACCUUUAGUGGCCAUAACUAGUAGGGAUCGACCGAUUAUCGGUCUGGUCGAUAUUCGGUAUUUUCAUCAGUAUCUGCCUAUAGAGAUACCGAUAUUGCCGAUAAUACAGACCAGGACUGCCGGGCCCAUGACAAGCCCGACGGUCCUCGGGGGCCCACAGCAAGCUCUUACUUACCUUCCCAGCAGCUCCCUUCAGCUCCCCUUUCUAAAUCUUAAGAGUCCCGCGGCCGUCAGAGCGUUACCACAUGAUACCAUGGCAAUGCUCCGCGUGGUACGCUGGCCAUGAGAGUUAGACAGGGGAGCUGAAGGGAGCUGCUGGGAAGGUAAGUAAGAGCUUGCUACGGGCCCCCACUGCACAGUCCAUGCCACCGGACCACCAGGGAAUGCCAUAUCCCCCCUCCCUGGCCAAGUAAGAAACAGGGAAGGGGGGACUAAAAAAUAAAUAAAUUUAAUAUUUAAAUAAAAAUGCCCUCCCAUUUUACGCACUUAACAUAACUAAACAAACACACACACACUCUGCAUUCAUUUUAUACACACUAUACAAACACACUGCAUUCACUAUACACACACACUACACAAACACACUGCAUUCACUAUACACACACACACUCUGCAUUCAUUAUAUACACACACUACACAAACACACUGCAUUCACUAUACACACACUACACAAACACACACUACACAAACACACUGCAUUCACUCUACACACACUCUGCAUUCAUUAUAUACACACAAUACACAAGCACACUGCAUUCACUACACACACUGCAUUCACUUUACACACACCACACACUACAUUCACUAUACACACACUACACAAACACACACACUCUUCAUUCAUUAUAUACACACUACACAAACACUCACUGCAUUCAUUAUAUACACACUACACAAACACACACUGCAUCCACUACACAAACACACACUGCAUUCACUGAUCAAAUACUCUCACUGCAUCCACUACACACACAUAUAUCCUUGAAAACAUAAAAAAAUUCUGACUGGCAUGUAUAUUUUGUGAUUUUACCUCAAUAAAAAAAAAAAAUAAUAAACAUGUUCAGUAAACUGUAGAUUUGUGUAGAAAUAGUUUAUUAUUUCAAAAUGGUAAAUGUACAGAAUAUCGGUACGUUAUCGACUAUCGGCCUGAAAGUUCACAGAUUAUCGGUACCGGCUCUAAAAAAAUAAAUCAAUAUCGAUCUCUAGCGCUAGGCAUCAAUGUAAACACUGCUUUUUAUCUGAAAAGGAAGUGUUUACAUUGAAAAAAUUGCAGGGAAUGCUAUAGACACCAGAACCACUACUGUAAGCGGUAGGGGUUCUGAUUACUAUAGUGUCCAUUUUAAUACAGACUGUAACAUGUAUAAUACACCCAUCAUGAAUGAAAUACCAUUAAAGAGUGUUUGUAGAAUAAUUACAAUGUAUUCCCUAGGUACAUUCUAACUAAUUGAUCUGCUCCUGCAGACCACAUCAAUCAAUGCAAACAGUUACAGUGCUGGCAUACGGGCAGAACCAUGUUAUUUAAGAUGAAGGGGGAGUUCAGAUGGAAAUGAAGUGAAAUUAAACAUUUGCACUGUAAUAAAAAAAGAGGGGGAUAUGGUCACAGAAAUUUAAAGUUAUGUGUUUUUAAUUGCUGCAGAUCUGCUGCUUAAUUGCUGUGUAUGUUAAUCUUGCACGACCUGUCAUCAAUGUUUGCAAUUUUUCAUUGUCAUCUGCCAUAGUGGAAUGGUUAUCUUCCAGUAGGUUAUGGGACCCAAUGAUGUCAUCUACUUUGAAUUCUAAUUUAUCUGUGCGUUCGCCAAAGUCGUUCAGAGAUAUGCUCAGAAGUGAUUUUAGCCAAAUCAUACUGGAGUUCCCUCCUGAAGUCUUUUAUGACGCUCCUCAUUUCAUCUGUAAAUACUUGUGAGUUCAGGAGAGUUGUGGCUGAGAGCGCAGGCUCUGCCAUGCUGUUUAGGCUUUGUGGUGGCGUCGUCGACGGUCAAUCCUCCUCGUCUGUUAUUGUAGAUUUACAGGCCUUGGGCAUAAGAUAAGUGUUUAAUUUAACCUGUUUCACCCUUACUCCAACCAUUGGAGGAAGCCAAAUGGGCACGGAAAAAUGUAGAGCCUCUAGCUGUCUGUGUACAUAUGACCUAAGGGCCAGCACUUCAUCAUGGUGCAAAGCAAUUAUGCCUUUGCCAUUUUUUCCAGCAGUCAGCUUCUGAAGGGCAAGCUUUCCAACCUUUUCAUUCUUACGCACUCUGUAAAUACAUUUUUUAAUUUAUGCUAAUAUAAAACUUGUUAGCCAUAGGUGAAAUCUUUUACUCAUUAAUGGGAGUAGGAGAUCCAAUACACUUGUUCCGUUUGUCCCCACAGAAUCAGGGCAGCCUGGUGGUUCUAGUUGACGGUCAUUGAAUGCAAAAUGCCCAGGUAUACCCAGUGUUGCAUUCGCUGACAUUUUAUUCCAUAGCAAGCUCGCUUUGAGGAAUGCACCACUUGAAAAGCAGUCUCCCUUGAAUCUUAAAGGACCAUGUCUAUGCAGAUACUUUGGUCAGGGGUUUAAUUUUCUGUAAAUUUUUUUUUUACAAGUGAUCAAUUAAGAGCCUAAUUUUGUUUGGGCGUUCAUACUAUGGGCAUUUCUAUGAGGGCACUGGGUGUUAUCACUGAAAUGGAGGAAACGGAGAAGCCGUUCAUACCUCUUACCUCUUCAUAAUCACUGCAAAAAGAGGGGAAGCUAGGAUAGGGUGCUUAUUUCAAUAACUCCUAAUGUUGGAUUUUCUCACAAUCCAUAAUAACACCAGCGCUCAAACCCUCCUCAUUCCAGUGCUGUCAGUGGGGUGCCACAUAAGCUUCCUGCUGUUGGGAAUGGCAGUGAGAUGUUGGCUGGCAUACAAGUUUUCUCAGCCAUAAGCUCAAACAUGGCGUCCAUCAUAAACAGGCUAAAAUAAUUUUCUUGCUCACAAAUAUCAACUGUGAUGCCAGCGGUUGCCAAAAUGGGGUUUUUCAGGAGCACUUAAAUUUGGUGGUACCUAGUUAUGCUCAGACACAGUGCAGUAUUCUGAACGCCUACUGAUAGUUGGUGUUAAAAUGGGACUACCGUCACCAGAAUGCUUGCUUAAAUACUCUACAUCUGAUGCAGUAAGUGUCUGUCAGAUAUGGCGUAAACAUCCUCCACUGUAUAGAAACGGCCAUGGUGAAUUUCUUAAUUUGGAAAUAGUUUUAUCCCUUCCUCCUUUACACACACUCCCCCUACACCCAAAACCCCCAAAAUAAAACGUUUUAUUUUUUUUAGCACUGUGAUCAGCAGUGAGAGAGUUACAUUUUAACACCUUUUUUACACACAGUAUAAAUCUGGAACUUUGCCAGAAAUGAUCUUUCUGCCUCUCUCAUCUCUGAUUAAUGUGAGAGAAGAGAAAGACAGAAUACAAUAUCACAGCCCAUGAUGCAAACCAUGGGCUGUGACAUUGUACCAGUAAUCGUGGUGUCAAGCUGUCAUGUGACUCCAAUCUCGAUUGUCUGCUGGGAACUUCCUGACGGUCCACCCGAUCAGAGGCAGCGAGGGGACUGCCCUCCACCCAAGCCAGGAAGUUAGGAAGUGCCAUUACGCCCUAAUGUUGUGAAAGCCAGUGCUGUACAGGACAUAAUGACACCUCCUAAUGGCGCAAAGAGGUUAAGUUGGCAACCAGUGAAUGUUUACAACAUUCUUCAGUACUCAACGUUCUAUGCGCAUGCAAUCUUUUAUAUAUUUUUUUUUUGUUGUGUUUUCUUCCCAAGAUUGAGUCACCUUGUGGACCAUCUGCUUGUCAUGACAGACUAUGAAAUGUUUUGUUAUAAUGUUCGCCAUUCUGUGAUCCAAAUGGUUACAUUCCUGAUAAACCUCUCCGUUAACACAAAUACAGUACUAAACUAUUGCUUUUCUUUUCCAGGCCCUUAAGCUGAGAGAGAUGUGUAACUGUCCAGCUCUCCCACUGCCUGACCCAAGAAUAAUUUUUGACCAGAGCGUGAAAGUCUUCCUCAAAUCCUCUGGGGGACAGUGAACCGAACUUGGUAAAAGGACACCUCGUGCCAAUCCCAGUGGAUGAUAGUCUCACUAGCUUCAAUGGUCAAAGAAAUGUGUGGAUUAAGCAAACAUUAAAACUGUCUGAUUUGAUUGUAAAAACAAAAAACUGAAAAAAAUGUGCUAUAGUUUUGAGUCAAACUGAAGUGUGUGUUUUAAAAGCUUUCAGUGGCAUAAUGGAAUUAUGUCAUCCUUCACAUUUUUCAUGAUCUUUUUGAAAAUAAAAUAUUUUCUUGCUGUUGUCUUUAUUUGGCAAGGUUGAUUUAAAUAGAAGAAAUAUCUUCAGGCACUCCGGAUGUUAAAGCCGCAGGCAGGUUUAUUGAAACAGAAAGGACAGCAACGUUUCAACUUAACAGGAGGUCUUUGUCUUUAGAUUGACAAAGACCUCCUGUUGGGUCGAAACGUUGCUGUCAUUUCUGUUUCAAUAAACCUGCCUGCAGCUUUAACAUCCUGAGUGCCUGGAGAUAUUUCUUCUAUUUGCUUAGCUGUUGUGGGAUUGCUGGUGCUGCUCCGGAGCACCGAGUGGGUGCUUAGGGAUUGUGUGCGAUUCCUAUCUACACUUCUGCAAUACAAGGUUGAUUUAAAGGGACAUUUUAAGCACCAUAAUCACUACAGCUCAGUGUAAUGGAUAUGUUACUAGGAGUCUAUGGGUGUGUUACAUGUGUUUUGUCAAACCGUUUAGGAGAAGUUUACAAAAAUGACACCUGUAUCCUGCCCCAUCUUCAGAUGCACUGACCAUACCAAUAUCAAUUCUGUCCUAGCUGGAUGUGAUGAUUGACUGACAGCACUGGCACCAGACGUGGAUAUUCCACAUUAUCAAUCUGGUUCCAAGCAGCGUAGAAGAACAUGGACAGUGCUCAUGGAACCUUAGCACCAUAUCCAGCACACAGAGCUGUAAUGGGUUCUUUAAAGGAACACUCUGGACACCAAUAAAACUUAAAUGCAUUUGAUAGGUUUUGGCCCCAAUAAUAUGCUGUUUUUUUUUGCUUGCUUAAAUCUUUGUUUUUUUGCACAAAAAAGUACAUGAUUUGCAGAAUGCUGCAUCAUAAGCCUGCCUCUUUAACCAUGCCCAUCACUCCAGAAAAAUAUUUCCUUAUCAAAUGUAUGCACACAGCUCAGCCACUGACAGUACUGAAUGAUAUGAACUACAAAGUAACCUGCUUCAGAAGGGAAGGACACCCACAGAAGCUACUACUUGUUUAUAGUUUCUCUGACUGUCUGCAGUCAGGUUGUGAAUUAAAAGCCGCUCACUCAGUGCUGUUGGGUUUGGGCUGAGAGUGUGUGCAUACAUUUCUUAAGUAAAUCUUUCUGGCAUGAAGGGGUGUGGCAAAGGAGGCAGGCUUAUGGCAUUCUGCAAAACAUUUCUUUUUUUGUGUGCAAAAAUUAUAAAGAUUUGAGCGUGCACAAAACUCCAGCAUAUUAAUAAGACCAAAACCAAAUGCAUCAAAGUUGUAUUGAUGAGCGGCAUGUCUCUUUAAAAGGACAUUAGAGGCACCCCGAUCACUUCAUCUCAUUGAAGUGGUCUGGGAGCAAUGCUCCUGUAUGUUUAACCCUGCACUGUAAAACAUUGCAGUUUCUGAGAAACUGCAAUGAUUAUAUUGCUGGGUUAACUCCACCUCUAGUGGCUGUAUUCUAAACAGUCACUAGCGGUGCUUCCAGGUCCCUACUGUCUGACGUUGGUAGUCAUCAUGCUUUGCAUGAGGACGUUCUAACAUCAUCUGUGUUCAACGUAGGAAAGCAUGCUUUCCUAUGGAGAAGCUUGAGUGCGCAUUAGUUCCCACCAUCACUGUGAUGUUGUGGGCCGAGAAGUCCUAGCCAGCAUCAAGAGAGCCUCGGCGCACGAAAGAUUUAAGGUAAAAAACAUUUUUUUACCCUUAUUAAACAAACGGGAGGGGACCUGAUAAAUAGGGACACUGGUGUUUUUAUUUCUAAUAAUAUAGUGUUCCUUUAAUGUUAAUCAUGUUUGGAUGGAUUUUCGCUUUAGGUAUUUUUCUUUGAGAAUACAAUAUGUAACGUUAUCAAGUUUAUGAAUAUUUUGAUUCAAGUUUCAAAAAGUUUUUUUUUCGAUUUAACAGUUUCAGAAUUCACUGUGAACAGACGACAUAAUCCUCAUCAUUUUUGGAUUUGUUUACUUAACUAUGGAUUUUUUUAGAAUUGAAAUCCGGAUUGUAAAUGCCAAAGUAGCUGAAUGCUCAGCCAGGAUUUUGGCUACAUGAACAUCAUGAGAUAUGCAGUUCUCAGACGAUCAGUGUGCUAAAAUAAGCCAUCAUUACCUUAUGGAGUUUUACUUAUUACUUCGAUAAAACAACCUUUUCCUGGUCAACUGUUCACUAAAGCUGCAACUUGCUAUAUUUACAAGGCCAGUAAUGUAGGCCUUCCCAGAAAGGGUACGGGCUUGCCAGCCACCAGCCUGCAGCUCUUUCCAAGGAGCGCUAGUGAAGCAUUCUCUGCAGGGUCUUUAAUGGUGUCCCCCAGAUGCAGGUAACGAGAGAACUAAAUCGGUAUGAUGGGAUAGGACCCCAAAAUCAAGACUGUGGGCCUUGUUGUUUCUUACAGUGUAUGGUAAAUGUAGGUAACCAGUACAGUUGUGAUAGUUAUACAUGGUGUAUUAAAAUUGUGGGCAGCUAAUACAGAUGAUGAGAACCUCUAGUGGGAAAAAAUGUUUUACAUUCAGUGUUCUAUCUACGUUGCCUUGACUUUUUACUCUUAGCUUGAAGAACUUUCACUUCAGAGAAAUCUUCUCCCACUCCCAUGUUAUUUAGUACACGAACUCCGUGGAAUAAUCAAAAUGCAGAUAUGUGUGGGCUUAAUUUCCCAUGAUGCUUAGCCAACCUUUUAGGCCAAGCAUCUUAUGUACCAUUGUUAGUCCUCAGCACUUUACAGAAAUGAAGGAAAGCAAUUCUCCCAGUAGCUGUUUGAUUACAUAGCUCACAUUUCCAUAUUUUCUUAAAAUUUUUAAAGCAAGCUGGCUGGGAAGUUGGUAGUUGCAGUGACCUGAAUUCACAUGACCUCUGCUUUUAUUUAACCUUAAAUCAGGACUUUUACUCUAACGGCUGCAGUACACAAGCUGUUAUACUAUGAUGGUUUUUAUCUGUAUUUAAUAAAGUAUUUUUAAUGACUUAUUUUACUUUCAUAACAUGCCUCUUAAGCUUAUUUUCAAAUAAUUCCUGACAUAUACCUGCCGUACAAUCCUC